CUUAACUGCUACAUUCAUUAACUGGAGGUAAGGCAAAGCAUUUAAUGAAUAUUUGGAAUUACAGCGGAAACAAUGGAUUGUGUCUAUGAAACUUUAGCCGUCUGAGACGGUCUGUCAUCCUGGGCUGGUGGAGUGAUUGUCUACUUUAUAUAAUCUAAUGUUUGCAAUUACAUGAUUAAGGUGACAUUUCAUUUUGUUGGACUUUGUGUAUCAGUAGUCUGAAAGAAUUGAAGGUAUUUAGUUUCUAAAAUAGUAUUUCUCCAUCUCCAGUACUUUUAGCAUUAAAUACAGCACCAGUUUUGAUAUCACUAUCUGUACUGAUGAAUCCAUUGUUUGUUAGCAAUUCGUUUCUCUUGGCGUUUUCAAAUGUAAGUGAAGCUAUUGCUUAUUAGGGAAACUUUACUCUAAAAAUAGAGACAUGGAUGUAAUGCAAUUUGAAAGAAUUUAUUUUUCCUUCGAUCAUGCUGGUUGGUGUUCUGUAGAUCUGUAGAUGUAAUCAUGAUUUUUAUAAAGGAUUUGUUCUCGUUGCAUCUUUUUGUAGAACAAUUUAUUGCAGAUUGCACUGCACUAUGGAUUUCAGUACUAUUUUUGUGACUAUUUGUAUUAUGGAUGUUGAAAAAUAUGCUAGUUUAUUUUCUAAAGACACUUUAUAGCCCUACCUGGUGGGCCAGUUCUGUAAAUCGCUCAUCCUCUCCUACAAGGGCAGUCAAAGGUCAGAAAUAGGCAGAAAGGAUAUAUUUGUGGAAAAAGAGGGUAUCUCACCGCAUGAUGAACAGAGGAUUUGUUUAUAGUCCUGGUAAUUACAUUUUCAGCCAUGAAAUCCUCUAAUCAAGGCCACCAUGUUCAAAGUUAUUUAAGAAAACAACAAAAAAAUAGUUUUCAGAUGAAACAAUUCCAUGUGUAUGUUGUGUACAGUCCAUUGACAAACAUUUAAAGGACCACUAAAGUCACCCAGAUUACAUAAUUUCAAUGAAGUGCACUUGGUACAGUGGUCCUGUACUUUUUAACCUUCAAGGCAAAACAAAGCCAUUUUGCACAAACGGCCCCUAGAGGCGCUUCUGCUACAACAACGGUUCUCGUGACAUUGCAGCACAUGGCAAAGUAUUGAAUUCAGUGCUUUCCUAUAAGAAGGAUUAAUGUGCUUGAGGCGCUUGCUGCGCAUGUGCAUCAGCCUCAGUGCUCCCCUAUGAGGAGCGUUGGAUUGGACCAGUGAUUAGGUGCCACAUCCUCGAUGGGGUUGCAGCAAGCAGAGAGGUCAAUGGGCUGAGGGUGUCUCAGCGAUGGACAAAGGUGGAUAAAAUAAUUUUUUUGUAAUAUAUCUUAAUUGUAAACGGUGGGCAGGUACCAAUAACCUAACUAUGGACUAGGGGACUAUAGCGCUAGGAAUACAGUUUUGCAUUCCUAAUGCUAGAGUGUUCCUUUAAAUUGCUCAAAUUUAUUUUGAUCUAGAAGUUUGCUGUUGAUUUUGUUUAGAAGAGUGUGUUCCAAGAGGAGAGGGAGGUACAAAAAUGGAGGUUUUAACAAAAGUAUUUAUAAGUAGUCUAAAAAGGUUUGACUUAUCAAUGUGCCUUUUUUGCAUCAGAAAAUAUUCAGAAAAGAAGAGUUUAAAGGGACACUAAGGCGUCAGGGACACAAACACAAGUAUUCCUGACACUUUUGUGUUUAAUCCACCAUUUAGGUGGUCCCCCCCUUUAGAAAAUGUUAAAACUCAGGUCUGCCUGACGAUGGCCCCACCCCAUAGAGAAAGCAUUGGAUUGGCUGAAAUCGCUAAGGAGGCGGUGGGGGUGGGGCCAAAAGACAUUUUGGCCAAUCCGCACCUCCUCAUAGAGAUGCAUUGAACAAAUGCGUCUCUAUGAGGAAAAUUCAGUGUCUCCAUGCAGAGCGUGGAGAUACUGAACAGCAGUGCUGCUUACUGUGCAGCACUGCUCCAGUAAGCACCUCCAGUGGCUAUCUGAGGCGUCCCUAGGUGGCAAAGUAAACACUGUCUUUUCUCUGAAAAUGAUUAUACUCACCAGAACAACUACAUUAAGCUGUCGUUUUUCUGGUGACUAUAGUGUCCCUUUAACGUUUAGGCCAAUAUAGUUUAUAGUUGAAGUUUUCUAGUUUUGCUAUUGUGAUGGUAGUCACCAUCACCUGGACUUUCAGACAGACUAUUUAUGUAGGUUGCUGGACUUUUCUUAUGUUUUAGUCACCCUGUAUCCAUUAUAGGUGCAGGGUGUGUGUAAUGUAAUUAUUUAUAUUGUGUGUGUGUGUGUGUGUGUGUACACCGUUAAAUUUAUUGCCUGCUCUCCUGUACUGCUGAGGAUUGCUACCACCUAGGUGGAUUUGGCUAUGGAGCUUGUGUAGUGCCCUCUGCUGGUAACAGCAAUAUGCACUACCUGAAUAGCAAGGCUGGUUAAUUUGCAUGUUUGUGUAGAUUUGCAUAUUGCUAAUUCUGCAGACAGGAGAGAUAUUUUCUGUUAAUUGUCUUCCCCGCCUCUUUAUAAAUAUGUCAUUGUGUUAUAAUAAGUUGCUGCAUGUUGUCUGCUAUGGUUUGACAGUUUGUAUUUUUAUUUAGUUGUCACAGCAAUGUUUAUGUAAUGAUCAUAUGGGCUAGUUCCAAGUAAAAUUAAGUUUCGUAUGUUAGUUUCUUUUGGGUCUUAUGUACUGUGUGGAAUUGUAGGGAUUUCUGUGACAGUCUUUGGACCUGAUUGCAGGAUCCCGCUAACCCUUGGCUAAAGCAAGAGAGCUAGGCCUGAGAGCCCCAAGUGUCUUUUUAUAUAAAGACAAGAGCUAUAAAUACCAUUGCAGUUGGAUGUGGAUACCUGCCAGGCAGAAUGGAUGAUCCCAGCCUGGAAGCAGGGUUGCAGUGUAUGAGGCAGAUGGGACGAUACCUGCCUGAAAGGAGAGCUGCAGCCUGGUCCCCAGGACCCCAGUCAAGCUAGAGUUCCAGGGUCCCUGCAAGCGGCUAUGAAGCUACCUGGGUGGAGGUACUUGGUCAGAGUACAGGAGCACCAUCACAGCUAGUCUGGUCUAAAAUUUGAAAUUUAAAAUCCACACACCUUAGUAACUAAUCCUGAAAAUGCUCACUUGUUUUAACAAUACAGUCAUUUUUCAUUGUAUCCAUGUGUGCAGGGCUGGCGCCACCAGUGGGCUCUUACCCUGUCCUGAGCCACAGCGCUGGGCGAGCAUUUUAGAGCUGCCCCCUUCAGCGCUGGGCGCCCAGAGGAGCCUUGUCACAGCGGGCCCAGGAGGUGGCCAUUCAGGGCGCCCCCAAAGCUGUCCUUUAAUCGGUAUGGCAGUGAAUGCCGGAGGAGAGGAGGCUGGUGGUGGCAAUGUGAGUGGCGAAGGAGGCUCUUCUUGCAGCUUCCCACUCCUCCCUCGCACGCCAUCUGAUGCCAGGUCCUGGCAUACUAAACAGCGCUCUGGAGGAGUGAGGAGCUGCCCCACACUGGACCCCAGGGAGGUGUGAGUGUUUGACUGUCAGGGAGUGUAUUUGUGUGUGUGUGUGUCUGUCUGUCAGUGAGUGUAUGUAUGUCAGUGAGUGUGUGUCAGUGAGAGAGUGACAUGAUGGAGCGGCAAAAGGAUCUUUGCCUAGGGCGGCAGAAAUCUUUGCACCGGCCCUGCAUGUGUGCAAUAGUUUUAUAUGCAACAACAAAAAAGUCAUCACAGUCACGACUUAAAUAUAAUUUGUUUUAGGGUGGCACAAGACUCGUCUUGUGUAUAUAAAUAUUUGAACUAUGAGUGUCUUGCUAUGUUCACGACAUAAGCUGCUGAGACCUGAUAAAAUGGAAUUAUAGGACAUUGGGUUCCAAUGCUAAAAGAUUUUCUAAGUCUGGGUUCACCUGAGGAACAAAGUAUAUAUAGCUCUGGGAAAAUAAAAUCAGGGACUAGCUCAAUGUUUUUUUAAAUCCUCAUCUCUACAUGUAUGACAGCCAUUCCAUUCCAGUAUCUGUUGAAUUCCAACACAGGCACACCUCUAGUUAAUGAGUUACCAAUGAGGUCAAGGGUAGGCACAUUUGGCACUCCAGAUGUUAUGGAUUACAUCUCCCCUGAUUCUUUGCCAGCAUCGUGGCUCUUAGAGCAUUAUGGGUGGUGUAGUCCACAACAUCUGGAGUGCAGAAGGUUUCCUACCUCUUGAUUAGGUGAUCACCUGAACCAAAUCUCACUUAUUAAGGAAAAGUAUAAAAAAACACUGCAGUGCACAUCAAUUCUCUUGCAACAGAACCACGGGAUGGAAAGAACAGUUCUAGUGGUACCUCAACACUAAUUGGAAUAAAAAAAUUAAAAAAAACUAUUGCCAAUGCCAAAACAGUUCAAAAGAAGGUUUUUGAGUGAGGAAAAUAAGUAUUCAUUUCUGGCUUUGUUGACAGAGGGGUGCAGUGAGCAUUAAGUUGCUUCCAUCCUUACAAUUUCAAAGACAGCAGUUCUUAAGAAUGAGGUCAUGCAUCAGAUAUUGGUGAUAACAAAGCUACAGACUGGCAUAGGAUGAAAACGACUUUCCAGUGAUCAGCAAUGAAUGGUAAAGUUAAGCUGGGGUGCAGUGCAUGGUGAAUAUAGUUUGAAACAAGCACUUGAAUAUUUGCACCAGAAGUGACAUAAAAUCACCAAACAGCAAUAUGAAAGAUUGGUGACAAGCAUGACAAGGUGCAUGAAAACUGUGAUUGAAAAUUAAGGGGAGUCCACCAAAUAUUGAUUUCUGAACUCUUGGAAGUUAAAACAUUAGUAUUGUGUUGUUUAAAAAUCUUUUUUUUCUUUGGCCAAUUGUCAUUUAUUACAAAUAAUAAAAACAGUUUUAUUUAAAAUUUUGAAGAAAAUGUCAAUAGUUUAGAAUAAAACAAAAAUUUUCAUUUUACUCACACAUACCUAAAAUAAUAAAUCUAGAGAAACUGAUAAUUUGGUAGAGGCCUCUGAAUUAUUUUCUGAAAGAUUUUAUAUAUAUAUAAAUGUUUCAUAUAUGUUGCCUGGGUGCUCAAAUAUAAGCCAUAAACAACUCAAUGAAAUUCAGAGAAAAUUGUCAGUCACAGGACUUGUUGAAAAAAAUGUGAACGCUUUGUUUAUUCCAUUUACAAAGCGGUAAGUCCACAUUGUGGACUUACUUGAGAAAGGACUUUGUAAAUGGUGAUAAAGGGGGGUAAGGCAGAAGACGUGCAGCGUCCACCUCUGCCAGCUCCUCUCUGUCCAUCUCGUAAGUUCAUUUUUUUGGUAGAUAAAAGUAACAUAAAAAUAGAAUACAACAGAUACUAGAUUAAAGAGGUGCAGUGCAAUAGCACUAAUGUAUCCCUUUAACAGGAGUCUAGGUCAGAAAAUACAUUUUGGUCUUCAGCCCAUGAGCAAUAUUUGAAUCAUUGUAGGAAUUCAUGGUUAGGGUCAGGCUGAGCGGUUGCUUGUGCCAAAUGGAAAGGAAAGUUGUAAUAUACCGUGAGAAUUGCAUCAUCUCAGACAGGAGAUAUAGGAUAUCCUUACUAAUGUCAGGAUACUUACUACAGUCCUAUUUGCAAAUCAAGGGCAACAGUCCAGUAUGCCCAGUUUAUUUUGAACUCCUACCCACCAGCACCUGCCAGUAUCUGUCCAGGAAAAGGCGAUUGGCUAGGUGCCCAUGUGUAGUUGAGCUGACAUGAUGCGUGCUCUGUAACUAUUAUGUGCAGUGUCUAUAUUUUUCCUCAAGCAUGCCAUCGAAACAGGAAACUGUAGAGGCAAGUUGUGCUGCGAAAAGAGGGGUGGGGGCAUGCAUUUAAACCCUAAAACUGCUUAUGGAGCUUAUAUCUAACUAUAACAAGGGCCACAUUUAAGAGUUCAUGCUGUGUAUUGCUAAUCUAUCACCUAUUAUACUUCAAUCUGUUUAUUAAUCGUUCACUGGGCAAGAAGCCAUUAAAUCGAAUGUUUUGUCUUAGUGAGUCUACAUCAUUAUUAUGUACACUUAAAAAAUAGCUUUGUCAGAUGAACCAAAAAGGCAUAAAAAUAGUCCAAUCAGUGUACUGAAAAAUAUAUUCAGGUGGAACUCUGAAUCAUGAAUGAAACAAAAGUCUUCAUUCAGCGGCACUGUCAUUUGUUUCAUGUUCUGUCUAUAUGGGAGAUCCAGAGUUAUGGAAUCGAAAAGCUUGCAGAAUUCAGAUGAAUUACAAGUUUUACAAACUACAUAACCCCAGCUGCUCAUAUCAUAAACUACACCCUCCUAUCUCUCACUUUUCUUUCCUCUAGAAAGGGUGGGAAAGCCAUGAAGUUCUCAGAUAUGCAGGUUUAUAUAUGUAGCAGUUUAUGGAGAAUAAUGGAGUCAACACAUUUGAAACCGUCUAAACCAAGUGAAUUUAUGGAACUGGUAGCUCUGUCACAGAUGCAUUUAAUCACACCAAAUGUAUAAUUGUGAAAAAUCCAUAUAUUUGAGAGGUUACCUCUCUUAAAAUUAAAUAUUUACAAAUAUAAACAAUGUGCCCUUUAGUAGGGUUUAAAAUAUAUAUAUAAUUCAAACACUAGUCUUUGUAACAUAAUUACUUGAGCCAGCUGUAGUAAAUAUCAUGCACUAACCUUAUUAAUUUCGCCUUUAUUAUACACAGCAAUGAAUCUGUAGCUGUUGGUCACAAAUGUCUUUGAAAUGAAGGAGGUUUUUUUAAAGCGUUCUAAAGUACUAAAAGUGGGACAAUUGCCAUAGAAACCACUGGAACCGGUGAUGCUUCCCAUCUUAUAUUUUUAGACCAAUUUUUAAACAGAACACUUUGCUUACCAUCAACCCUACAGGGAAAUGUAUCAAGACAAAACAGUUAUUUUGGGGCAACGUGCUUAAUGCUGAGUGACAACUGCCUGUGGUUUCCAUACUGAUUUCUCUUAUUUAGCAAUUUGACUUAGUGCAAAAACAGGUGUUAUUCUAACUCCCCUUUGAGUUUACCUUUGUGCAACCAUCGAUGAUGGACCACCUACAAAGCGGGGACAUACAAAAUAAAAUCAACACAAAAACCUUGAAAUAUCCUGAAAAACUGGAAAAAUCAUGGUUAUGAUGGCUGAUUGCUGGUGGAUUGAUAUAGUCAAAACGACAAGUUUGACUACUUUUUUUAGAUCCAGCUUUGAAUUUACAAGACAAGAUUUCUCUUUUAGAUCUGGUCACCUACUUUUUAGAGCAGGAAUAGAGACAGGAACAGAAGAACUCUAGGCAACUGUACCACUAAUGACUCCCCCCUAACUACUGUAAAUAUAUACUAUAAAUAGGUCUACUUACAUCAUGCAGUGCUCUCAUUGUGCAAAGUAGUAAGCUAUACAGCUGUACUUUCUUAGUGUGUAUGCACUGAGAUUUAGAAGGAGCUUCAAGAGGAACCAAGCCUUUAUACACCUUUAGUAAUUGAAUAAUGGAUCAAGAAUUUUACCUGAUGGACUCACUCCGUUCUAUAGAACAUGAAUUACAGAGGUGGAAUGUAUUUAUUAUUAAUUAAUAGUCAAUUCCAUCCCGGAGUUCCCUUUUUAAUUAGGGUAAGUUUCUCUAAUGAACUGUGUUCCAUCAAAAACUUGUAACUUGUACAAAUAACUAAUCAGUUCUCUUUGUUUACCACCCAAGUAAACUCAAUAAAACAAUUCUGAAAUACUACAUUUCCUUAAAGAACAUAUAUGUAAAUUACACUACAUUGGCUCUCACUCGAGAAAGGUGGCUUAGGCAUACCAAAUGUCCAUACAUAGAAUACAUCAAAAUUAUUCAACCUCCAUUGAAAAUCAGGUUUGUCAAAAUGUACAGCCUUUUAGCUAUUUGCAAUGAACAAAUCAAACAAAAGCAAUUAAAGAGUUUAACAUAACAAAUGCUUCAAGUGGUUUCCCCAAUUUAACUGAAACUGCAACUUAUGACUUCUCCAGUCUCAAAAUUAUUAAACCCCUUCGUGGCAAGUAUCUUUAGUACUUAAUAGAGCACACUUUUACUGUUAUGACUUGCUGCAAAUAACAUGCAUAGCCAGACAGCAGCUUCAGUCAGCAUUUCUGAGGAACGGUAGCCCAUUGCUCAUGAGCAAUUGCUUCCAGUUCAGUAAUAUUCUUGGGUUUGCGUGCUCCAGCCGCAUUCUUCUACCUGCUCAAUAUUUCAACAAGUAAACUUUUACUUUUUACAAUGAGUAAUGAAGAGAAGGCUUUGUCAGAACAUUACUUCUUUACUUAUAUUGAUCAAGCAUGGUGUUAAUGCUUCCAAUAUCCACUUAAAAGUAGAUCAGUUCAACAAAAUAUAUGGUAAAUAGCAUGAAACAACCAUGCCAUAAAGUUCCUUGGAGAGCACCAUAUACAUCUAUUCCAUCUACUAACUAUUUCUUCCGUUCCACCUAUGUCCACUACGUGAUGAAGGAUUGGAAAAAGGAGACCCAGAAGGCCCCAUUCUUUUAGCAGUGUUGUGCUAGUUUUGGGGUGGCAAUCAAAUUCAGCUUGCCAUUCCUUCAGAUCAAUAGCUUGGUAGGGUAUCCCCAUUGAUAAGCUGUUUUGUGGUUCCUGAAUGUUUUCGUAAUGUUAAUAAACUCCCUCCUUCUUGCCAUAGUAGUAGCUGACAGAUCCGCAAAUAGGGAAAUGGACGCAAAAGCCUUUGGCAUCGCUUGGGCUUUUUUAAAACGGCCAUCAGGAGUAUGAUAGUCUUGCAUUCUCACCACUUCCGCGAUUAGAUUUUUAGGCUUUGGGAGCCUAUGAGCCCUAUCAAUCAGCAGCUGCUUUUCACCAACUAUUUAGUGCUUGGGCAGCCCUUGGAUGCUAGACAUCUUAGUCAUUAUAUUCUCGUUUUUGUUUUUAUUCUUUCUUUCUAAGUAUGUGUAUAAUUAUUCUAUUUAAACUCUGCCCUGACAGCAUUUAGAGGAGACUAAGGAACGGCUUUCUAAAAAUAUCGAAACUCCUCCAAGAGCUCUGGUCAAUGGAAUUCACAGAUAGCUUGACAAGAACAUCAUUUAUUGCUUUUAUCUUUCCACUGUUUAAUUUUAUACAAGAAUGUAAUGUGAUGUCAUGGGUAAUGUAUGGCUAUGUUUUAUAUUUUCAUAGAAGGCACGUUGUGGGAGCAAACACGUUGAUUACAUACAAAAAAAUUUUGUCCAACAUAUUAGGAUCUCAUAAUCUGUAAGCCCACGAGAACUUUGUGUGAGGAGUGUGUCCUCUUUUUUUUUUCUUUUAUUUUACAAAAAGUGCAGAUUUCAAUAGAAAUUGGCACUUUUCUCAAUUAACCUUGUUACACCCCUGACAUUCAAGCAGAGAACAGGUCCUGUUACUUCCUGGUUUGUUUGGCUCAGUGGAGAUAGAGGCCAGAGCAUCUGCCUUGCAAAGACUUCUCAUUGAGCUGUAUUGGGAAGUCUGUGAUUGGACAGCCACAGAAGGUCUGGGCGGGGUUAGAAUGGGAGAGCUUGCAAAGGCAGCAGACAAGAGAAACAGGAGCUUUUGCAAACUGUAUUUAGAUGUAUCCCCAAUGAAAAUAAAAUGCAUAAUUAUAUGCUUGCGCGCAUGUUUUCAUUUGAGUUACAUCUACUAAACAAUAAUAAUUUUUUUGUCCAUUUAAACAAAAUCUUUAAGUGACUUCAAUACCUGAUGGAUUAGAAAUUUCAUCCAGGGUAAAGCAUUUAUUUUACAGAAUAAAAUGUUAAUAUUUUACAGCAGAAUAAACAUACAUCAUUAUAAUGAGCUUUUUUCAGAUCUGACCUGAACGCAAAAGAUGUAUUCUGGAACUGCGAGAAUUUUAAAAAAUAAAAUAAAAAAAAGAUUGCUUAGACAAUUAUAAAUUAAAAAUAUGUGACACACCGCACACAAUACAAGUACAUUUUAUGUAAAAAUGCACAAAUCAAUUGGGUAUAAUUUUCAGUAGUAGAAGACUAAGUCAUAUUGAUGGAUCUGGGCAUAAGUAUUUGAUAUAAUAUCCAAUGGUAUGAGACAAAGUAAGGCAAUUUGUGGUGGUGAUCUAUACAGUCACAAGUUAGCUGGAUCAUCUCUCAGUUUACCUGUGUUGGCUCUACAUUCAACAGAUCUUAGAACUGGAGUUACAUGUCUGUCUGAUAUGGGAUAGUGAUCCCACAAAGAACGAAAAGCUACAAAGUAGUGCUCAAGGCUAAAGAUACUUUGUAAACCAAGAAAAGCUGAUACCCCUGGUAGAGACGAUUAUUAUUGGGAUUUAUAUAGUGCCAACCUAUUCCACAGCACUUUACAAUUUUAUAGAAGGGGGAAUUUUAGCAAUAAAUGAAACCAUUACAAAAUGUUACAGAAACAAUAGGUUACAACUUAGAGCCAUGAGAAUUGUCUAAUAGGAUAUGAUUGGUUUUAACAUGAUCCUGGGGAUAUCAAAUCAAAUAUUACAUUUAAUGACUAAUACACUAAUUGGUGGUAGAUAGGCAUAAUAAAACAAGACAUGUAAAAAUAAAUCUCCAAAGCAGAGAACACAUGAUAUUUACCUGCUUAUAGUGGCUGGCAAUCUCCUCCUUGUCCUGUGAGUUUUACAUAUGCAGUGCUCUGGGAUAAACCUAUCCACACUAUAUGCAGAGUUCCUAAAAAGAGCAACACCUGGAUUCCAUAAAUGGGACUCUAAUCUCCAAGCAGGGAUACAUAAUAGAGCCACAUAGGGUUGUGUCAGUGACAAAGGUAUGCAUACAGUCAGCGGCAGAGGCGCAUGGACAGGAAGUGCCUUACCAUCAGAAGAAUCUCGGACUGAACAAACAUGUUGGUUAAAAUAUAAUGAAUUUUCACGUCACAUCAACGUUUUCUAGACAAUAGCUGAAAGUAUUUCCCAGACAAAAUUCAAAAGACCAAAGCUUUUCUCAUUUGGCUCCUUUAUUCUAUAAUGAUACAAUACAAACUGCAAAAAGACAAAGAUUGCCCCGUGCAUAUCCAUGGCAGAAGGCGGUACAUAAUACGCAGUGAUAUAUUUAUUUUUGGAAUUCUUUAUUUGCACUCAACUCACUGGUGUGGGGUACUGAGAUCAUAAUACAGAGACAGACAUCAGAACAUAGUGCAUGAAUAGGACAUAUCAGCCAGUGGCAGCAGAAGAGAAGACUAAAUUACAGUCUCUGGAGCGCAUAUUCUGUACAGUGUCAAGUCUCUAGCAUUGGUACGGGUAUGGCCGCCAACUGAUGGCGAGGAAGAUAAAUUAAAUAAGCAUCAAUACACAGAGGGAUCUCUAACGGUACAAAAGAGCGCCGAUAUACUCACCCUGACCUCGGGAGCCGACCCAGAGACAUUCCUCAAAAAAUUAGGCAUAUUAGCCAAUGGACACAGAAAGCAGCAUGAGAAACGCAACACUUAACUAUAAUAAUAAUAAUAAUGUUUUUUAUAUGCAUAUAAGCUUAUAAGGUCAAGGAAAGUUUCUCACUAUUCUUGCUACCCCUAACCCAGCACUCCAUGCUAUUAACCUAUAGCCCUAGGUAUCUGACCCCACAUAUAUAUGGGAUAUAUAGGUUAAGCCGGAAGAUUGUUGAAAUCAAGCAACCUCGAAUAUUAAGCAACCUCUUUAAGUAGAGAUCUCCGUAGAAGAGUAGAAAUGUACAAAUUGUUCCCUCACCAUGCCAGAGCAAGGGUUUCUCUGACAUUGUGAUUGUUGCUCUGCUUGUAGCCCAACGAAAUGUUAUCUGAUCCUGUUCUAACUUAUAUAAUAACACAUAUAAUGGAAAAUUGUAUACUGUGUGUAUAAAACCUAAUAAAAUACAAAUUUUAAAAAAAAAUAAGCAUCAAUAAGCGGGCUGUGAUACCUGUCUUCUAGCUAAAAUCUGAGGUAAAUCCUGGUCUCGAGGCAAAAUGCCAAGGUAUAUUUACACCUCUGGGUCUCGUGAAACCACGCUCUCUACGUUUAUGUGAGAAUAGAGUUUGGGAGUGAGAGAGCAAAUUGCUAUGCCAACUCCGCUAAGCACGUGGUCCACCAUAUCAAAAGUAGUAAAUAAAAUCAUAGAGUUUCCAAAAGAGAAAUAAAAUAAAGAAACCAAACUUAUAACCAUGUACAGCUCUGAUCAUUGGUGACAUGUUGGACCAAGUAAGUAUCAUGAAGCUUCAGGUAGUGGCCACAGCCUAAAAGUCUGAAAAGGCUCGCUGAGGGAUGAACGGGGUAACCUUUGUGGGGUCCCAUCUGUGUGUUGAUGUGGAGGCCUCCAUGGCCCAGACUGCGGCGGUGAGUCCUGCGGAAGGCCCAGGGUCUCCAAUAGAGUAGCUGCUCCCUACGGAUCCUGAACACGAUGGGUGGAAUCGCCGUGUAGGACUAGAAAAGUUCCCGAAGGAGAGUGGUGAAGGGUUGCAGUAAUUUCUGCAACAUGUCAGCAUAGAAGAAUAGGGCAACAUUUUCAAAGGUGUAAGGAGAAGUCCUCUCCGGGGCUGCCUGCACUGCGGCCUUAUCUAAUAUUUUUGAAAGUGCACCACCAGGUUUCUGGGCGCUGCCUCUGGGACCCUCUGUGGUUUGGGGAUUCUGAAAAUUCCAUAGACAGUGACAUUCUUGGCGUACCUCAGUGACAGUAAGGCCAACAUCAAUCUCUGCAGGAAAUGUGGGAGCUAUAGAUUUAUUAACCAUUUAAACACGCAAGCACUAGACAUUCCGAGCCUUUAAGAUAAGAAAUACAAACAGUGUAUAAUAAAAUAGAAAUGAUUGGGCUGUAGUAUAGUUGAAUUGAAAAAGUAGCUGAUGUUAUCAAUUGUUUACCUGUACCUAUUUUACCUAAUUAUGUCAUUACUGUGCAAUUCUCCACAAAUUUAGUGAGUAAUUUGGUGUGAAAUAAAAAAAAUUAUUGUAAAAAGAGUUACCCUUCUAAUAAAACUAGGUUAAACACAGUCAAAAUUAGUUGUUAGCUUUGUUAGUCUGUCAAUAUAUAAAAAAGAAAAAUCACAUGAGCAGGCACACCAACAAUAUGGAGCUCCAAGAAAGGUGGGACAUUGGGAUAAAAGGGCAGAGGGAUCUGGGCCCAAUAUAGGGACUGUCCCUCCUAAAUAGGGACAGUUGAGAGGUAUGGAAUUUAGAAUCUGCUCUUCUGUGUAUGCCUCAUAAAAAAAAAAAAAAUAAAAAAAAAAAAAAACAAGACAAACUAAGAAAGGGUUAAACAUGAAUACAAAUGUUGGCCUCCACAAUUUAUCUAGAGGAUGUCCCCAUAUAUCUCCUGUUCAGGGGGUCUGUAUACCGUAAUUGCACUUGUCUCUUCUUAAAUAACUAAAACCACAUCCUCCUUACUCCACCAACUCUUUGUCAGAGUAGCAAACAGACUAAGGCUUUUGGUCCAAACAAAGAGUACUAAUGUGACACUGAUGACUUAACAAUUCUCACUAGUAAAUCAUAAUUAAUGACUAUAAAAUAAAAUACUUUUUUCCCCCAUGUAAAAGUCUUAAAAUUGUGAUUAAAAUCCCAAAUAUAUCCUUUCGAUUGUAAACUCCUAUGUGCAGGGCCCUCGCUAUCUCUUGUUCAUUUAAGUCAGACCUUAUCGAAUUGUUGUUGAAUUAAGUUGUGUCCUUUGUGAACCAGUUGUACAGCGCUGUGGAGAAGGCUGGUACUUUAUCCAAUAAUAUUAUGUCUAUUUAUAUAAUAUAUAUUGCUUUUCUCGCCUUUUAUAACAGUCAAAUGGUUUGUUGAGUAAACUGUGAAUUGUGCCAAGUUAUAAAACUUAGCACAACAUUAUCAGUAGUUAGAUUUGUAUUUAUUUAUAGCAACACGGCUAUUUUAACCUAUAUGUCGCAUCUCAGUCAGUUAUCAGGAUUAUUUACUGAAGCAUGAAUUAUGGAGGCCUUAAUCUGGAAAUGUCAAAUUAUAGGCCAAAACAGCAGAGAUUAAAACAUGGGUGUGAUUAAAAUAUCCGUGCAUUCUAGAGUUUAGUUCCAAUUUGGCCCUAAAAUAUGAAUUUUCUCCUGUUGGUUCCCAAAAGCCUGCAGUUUAUUGCGUAAUAUUUAUCUCUGUUUAGUGAAUAAGCCUCUAACAUUUUCUUAGAAAGAUCUGGAAUUCUGUAUUUUUUUUCCUAGAGGCUUUCCUAUAGUAUAGUGUUUCAUUCCACACAAUCCUGCUAUGUCCUUUCCCUGGGCUGUGUGUGUAUUUAGUCACUGCAUAAUUACUGCUCCUCUCUGUGAAUUGUAACUUGGCAGCUGAUUCUCCCUCCCCCUUCCAUCUAUCUUGGUAUAGUAACACCCAGAUCUCCAUGUGUCACAGAAUAUAGUGCCAGCUUGCACCCCCUCUGUGCCAGGAGGACUCCAACUCCAGGCUGGCUCUCUAACACCUUUUAUAGGCAGCUACCAUGAGGAGAGUGUGUUUGGGAAACUGUAUCAUACAACCCUUGGAAGAAAGAGGGAAGGAGGGAGAGAGAGACAGAAAGGAGAGAGGGAGGGACUGGUUAGUUAGAUAUUUACUGAGACUGAGCAAAAGGAGGAGGGGAGAAGUGGGGGAGAAGAAGAGGUCACAGCCAGACUGGGGGAGAGAAGGAGAGAGUGGAGGAAGGCAGUGGAAUGCAGUGCAGAGAGAAUAGAAGCAGUGAUAAGGAAGAGAGGACUAUUAGAUGAUGAGAGAGUUAGACAAAGUAUCGCUAAACUUCCUGAAACAUCUGGCAGCGUGCUGAAAUUCCUGGGGCAGGGGAUGGAACACAGGAGCCGCCAGACAGAGAGAGCCUGAGUCCAGCACAGAUACAGCACUGUCUACUCCUCACUUCCCGAGAUGUGUCAGAGAGGCAGAUGGAGCUGGUGGUGGCAACGUGGGCUACCGGUGCAGGACUCCAGCCAGGUGUGUGAAUGGAUGUCUUGGUACUAAACCUGCAUUAUUUCCAAGGGCCCAACACAUGGAGACAAAGGGAAGAACCAGGGAUACUCAGCUGCUUUCUUUGCCACAGUGGGUAAGUGAAACUUUAAUUUCUCCUGUCAGGGAUGGCCAAAAGGUAGGUAGAUCCCCAGGAACAUAGUGCUUUGGCAUUUUAAGUUCUUCAACAGCUGGAGAUCCACCAUUUGGCCACAUAGGUUAUUUCAAACCUGCUGAGAUUGUUUCCAUUUUGUAAUCCUAUACUUAGGCCAGAGGGGGCAACCUGCAUCCACCUGGUACUUGGUGGGAUCUCAGCCAAGAUGAUGGGAGUUGUAAUCUAAUCUAAACUAAAAGAGUCACAGUGACAGAUGUUGCUAUUUGACUGUCAUGCAUGUUAAGUGCUGGCACAGAAUGGGUUAGUGGCUCAUUACCAAAUAUGUGAACACGUAUUCAUCAAACUGUGAAUUGUUGGGAACUGAAAGAGCGUAUUGUGCCUUAAAACUCUCUCCCAGGGUUAUUUACUAACGUGAGAAUUCAAAGUGAAUUUAAAAUUUCAAGUCCAAAUAACCGAAAUGGAAAAGUUCUCCAAGAUAACAAUGUUUUCAGUUAAGCUACUCUGGGCUUAAAUUUGAAAAAAGUACUCUGAAUUCUCACUUCAAUGAAUAGCCCAGUCUGAAUUGUCUGGCUUUUAGGUAAAUGGGCAGAUUCUCAUGACCACUGUAUGGAACUGCCACUUUUAUUUUAUUUUCAUGAUAUUUGGGCCUUCCUUAUGGUGCCUUUCUUACUAGUUAGUAAAUUUUACAGUAGUGUAAUGUCUGCACAUCAUAAGGGGAAUUAACUGACUUUACACAACAAUUCAGUAUGCAUGCGUAUCCACAACAUACCCAUAAUACCAUGCAAAUGACCACAAACAGCAUUGUCACUUUUCCAGCCAACAUUUUUAUAGGUUCCCCUAAGUAACGGCCCACUGUAUUAUGUACGUGGUUUAGCUAAUUUGAAGAUGACGCAGUCAAGGGUUUUAUUACGUCUCAACAAUUUAGAAUCUCAAUGAGAAAUCUGCGGUUUUAUCACUUUAGAACAUUGCAGAACUUUGAGAUGGGUUCCUUGAGGGUUAAAAGUUUGAAGGGACUGAGCACAGCGUAUUUAAUGCGCUUCUGAGUAUGUUUAUAUAUUGACGAUAGAAAGAGUUAAUCUGCUAUAGUUUUUUUUUUUUCGAUUUGCGUUUAUCAAAUAACUCUUCUAGGGAGGUCAAUGUGAUGGCUUUAAAAUUUUUGUAAAAAUUCUCAGAGUCCGCUGUUUAUCAGUCCUUAUGUGCUUUCAUCUUAUGAAGAAUCACAAAAGUUUUAACUUUGAGUUUAAACACAAUUUAUUUUUGUCAGAGUAACGAUUUUUAUACUGGUCACAGUAUAGAUUAGAAUAUGGAGGGGGGCAUGUUGCCAUUAGCUGUCUGGUGCCAGCAUUCUGUGCGUGCUGGCGUCAGACGCCAGAUUUACAUCAGAUUCACAUUAUCCAGGCUAGAACACUAGUUCUAGGCUGUAUGACACCCCAAUUACGCAGCCGGAGGUGGAGUUACAUCUACACCUAGCGCAGCAGAGAGACUAAACUCUGUAUGUGUAACGUUUCAUUGUGAAAUUUUACACAUACAGACUCCAGGCACCAUCACCACUUCAUAUCACCUCUAGACUGUAAGCUUGUGUGAGCAGGGUCCUCUUCAUCCUAUUGUUCCUGUAAGUUUUUUGUAAUUGUCUCAUUUAUUGUUAAAUCUCACCCUCCUAUAAUAUUGUAAAGUGCUACAGAAUUUGUUGGCGCUGUAUAAAUGCCAAUAAUAAUAAUAAAAAAAGAUCAGUGAAGUGAUUAUGGUGCUUGGAGUAGCCAUUUAAGUUAGUGUGUCCUCAAUCAUUGGGGCAGGAAACCUUAUAUUUAUUAAGCCUCAGGCUAAUGGACACAAUCCGUUGUUUUAUGAUGCAUACAUCAUUGCUUUUCCCAGUGCAAUAAAGACCCUCUGACAGAGGGAUGAGCCUAACUCACUCCUUUCAGCUACAGAUCAGCCCUUACACCACGUUUUCUAAAUUAAAACAUGCAGUGUGAAUAGAUCUGAUACAAGUUUGUUUCCUUCUACGGUAGAGUUCAGUUAGAUCACCAGCCACAUGGCGCUCAUCUUAUAGGACACAUUUGAACUUUGAGACUUGUAUAAAUUGUUAACCAUGUGACCGUUUUAAAAACGAUUUUGAAUUUAAUUAAUUUGCUAUUUUUAUAUUUCAACAAGCAGAUUAUGUGCAGCACAAUGGGUAAAAUCUUCCAUGCAUUAUUCUGGUAAUGCCAUUUUACUCGCACUGUACAGUGUGGGGGGGGCCCCUAAUCUCCAGGCAAAUUCAAAUCUUGGCCUGUCUGAGAUUUGUGGGAGUCACUUGUCUGUUUGCUGCUGCUGCCAUGUUAAUUCAGCUCUUCCUUAUAAUACUGGCAGGACAGGAGCGGAGGAGACAGAAACAUGAUUCCAUCUCCUCAGCUCCCAGCUUGCAAUUUCAUUAUUAUGAGAGGAGCUUAAUUAUUGGCUGCAACUGGCCAGGAAUAUAACUCCCAUGAACCUUGGGUAGGCUAAGUGCUAACCAGGGCCGGCCUUAGGGGUGUGCGAGCUGUGCGGCCGCACAGGGUGCCAUGGCAACAGGGGCGCCGGGCGGCCAGCACAGCUCGCACUCAGUCACUCACAUGCCGGCCCGAGUCAUGUGCAGAGCAAGUCAAGUGCAUUAUGCUGCGCACUUGACUUGCAAAUUAUGAAGAGAGCAGCGGCCGGGAGAGAGAGGAGGUCAGGAGCACGGAGGAAGAGCAUGCUCCGUCUCCACAGUCAUCCCCGGAAGGAUCCGCACAGUGAGUGUGAGGGAGGAGGUCAGUGCUGGUAUCAAGGUCGGCAGACUGGGACACUGUCAGGAGGUUCCAGGGAGCAGCAAGCUUUAAUGUGAGUCUGUUUAUUCUUGUUGUAACUAUUGCUUUUUUUUUUUUAAAUUAAAUAGAUUGUUGUUUUUGUGUGUGUGUGUGUGGGGGUUUGCAGAAGGGGGAGCAGAGGUUUUCUCGCUGGGAUUUUGGGGAAGGGGUUUUGUAGAAGGGGGUUGGUUUAGGGAGGAGCAGAGGUUUUAUAGAAGGGGUUAGAGGUUUUGUAAAAAAGGGGGUAGGGGUUUUGGUGUAGAGGAGAGGUUUUGUAGAAGAGGGGGCAGGCAUUUCUGGUGAAGUGGCAGGGGAAAGGAUUUUGUGGAGGGGGCAUGGGUUUUGUUGAAGGGGGACCAGGGGGUUUGUAAAGGGGGCAGGAGUUUAGUAUAAGGGGAGCAGGGGUUUUGUAUAAGGGGAGCAGGGGUUUAGUAGAAGGGGAGCAGGGGUUUAGUAGAAGGGGGCAGGGGUUUAGUAUAAGGGGGCAGGAGUUUAGUAUAAGGGGGCAGGGGUUUAGUAUAAGGGGAGCAGGGGUUUAGUAUAAGGGGAGGCAGGACUUUAAUAUAAGGGGGGCAGGGGUUUAGUAUAACAGGGCAGGACUUUAGUAUAAGGGGGGCAGGAGUUUAGUAUAAGGGGAGCAGGGGCUUAGUAUAAGGGGGCAGGGGUUUAGUAUAAGGGGAGCAGGGGUUUAGUAUAAGGGGGGUAGGGGUUUAGUAUAAGGGAGCAGGGGUUUAGUAUAAGGGAGCAGGGGUUUAGUUGAAGGGGAGCAGGGGCUUAGUAUAAGGGGAGCAUGGGUUUUGUAGAAGGGGAGCAGAGGUUUAUGUAGAAUGAGUGCAGGACUUUUGUAGAGGGUGGCAGUGGUUUUGGUGGAGGGGGAAGGUUUUUAGUGAUAUUAUGUGAACAUUGCUGUAUAGUUGAUAUAUAUAAUGAUAGCAUGUGUUUUGUUAAAGGGGGAGAAAAAAAAUUAUAGAAGGGUGGGCAGGGGUUUUAUUAAAGGGGGAGCAGGGGUUUUGUAGAGGGGGCAGGGGUUUUGUAAAAAGGGGGGCAGGGUUUUUGUAGAAAGGGGGGCUGGGGUUUGUGGAAGGGUUUUGUAGAAGGCGGAACAGGGCUAUUGUAGAAGGGGCAGAGGUUUUGCUGAAGGGGGGGGGGCGCCAUAUGUUGGGCUCGCACAGGGCGUCUGAUCACCUAAGGCCGGCCCUGGUGCUAACCCUAACCUUAAUUACAUUAAAAUAUAUUUAUAUUUAAAAUUCAUAAUUAUGGGGAAAUUCUGUUCUUUAAAAAAAAAAAAAAAUGUAAAUUAUAAAAUCCGUUCAUUUUAAAAAAAUUUUUUUAUAUAAACUUACCAAUUCAGGCUUCGUUAUAAUGAGUUCAAAGAGAACUUGGUUGUGAUUCGUAUUAAGUUUACAACUCAAUGGAUUCCACACAGUUCCCAGUUAGUGAAUUAACCCUGUAUGUCUCCCUUGUCGUCAAAUUUCCUUCCUGACCCACUGAGCUAGAGUGACAGAAUGUAACUGUUAUGUGGCUUAUACUUACGUUCAAAAACCUCUCUAUAUAACCUUCUAAAAAAAUGUACAGAAAUUACAUUUAAUAUAAAAAUUAAAUAAGUUGGACAUUACAUCCCAGCACGCAGAAGUAUUUAUAUUGUAACAGUGUAUAUUAUUAUUGGAAUGUCUAAUAAACUUACCUUAUCUAAACUUCCGUGUCCAGGGCUAUGUGAGCGCUUGCUUGCUCUGGGCAUUCCUUCAGUAGGGCUGGAUACGAGCAAGGAACUACUGGCGUUAGUUUUUUUCCAUUCCUUGUCCUGGCUGUACCUGGCUAGUUCAUGUAAAUUAAAAUAUAAAAACUAGUGAGAUUUAAAUAAUAAAUAAAUAGCAGACCCCGUAGCUAACUGUAAGUUUAUUAAAGGUUUUUCUUUCAUAUUGCUGUUACACCGUAACUACGUUUAACUUAAGAAAUACAAUAAACAUUGCAUCCAUAUAUCAGAUAAACACCGAAUACACUUUAACAUUGUGUAAACAGAUUCUAAAACCAGAUACAUUUUGGAAAAAAAAUAAGUGUUGAAACGCAAAUAUUUAGUCUUCAAGUUCUCAUAGUAACUGAAUCUGGUGAUGUGACUCUGAAUAUAACUGUCACAUGGGCGCUGUCAACUGUCUGUACGUAUAGCACUACAUUUGCAAUCUUAAUCAAUGCAAAUAAAUGGAAGGAUUACUUUAGUAAAUUAGAUCACCAGCCUCUGUGUACAGGGAGUGCAGAAUUAUUAGGCAAAUGAGUAUUUUGACCACAUCAUCCUCUUUAUGCAUGUUGUCUUACUCCAAGCUGUAUAGGCUCGAAAGCCUACUACCAAUUAAGCAUAUUAGGUGAUGUGCAUCUCUGUAAUGAGAAGGGGUGUGGUCUAAUGACAUCAACACCCUAUAUCAGGUGUGCAUAAUUAUUAGGCAACUUCCUUUCCUUUGGCAAAAUGGGUCAAAAGAAGGACUUGACAGGCUCAGAAAAGUCAAAAAUAGUGAGAUAUCUUGUAGAGGGAUGCAGCACUCUUAAAAUUGCAAAGCUUCUGAAGCGUGAUCAUCGAACAAUCAAGCGUUUCAUUCAAAAUAGUCAACAGGGUCGCAAGAAGCGUGUGGAAAAACCAAGGCGCAAAAUAACUGCCCAUGAACUGAGAAAAGUCAAGCGUGCAGCUGCCACGAUGCCACUUGCCACCAGUUUGGCCAUAUUUCAGAGCUGCAACAUCACUGGAGUGCCCAAAAGCACAAGGUGUGCAAUACUCAGAGACAUGGCCAAGGUAAGAAAGGCUGAAAGACGACCACCACUGAACAAGACACACAAGCUGAAACGUCAAGACUGGGCCAAGAAAUAUCUCAAGACUGAUUUUUCUAAGGUUUUAUGGACUGAUGAAAUGAGAGUGAGUCUUGAUGGGCCCGUGGCUGGAUUGGUAAAGGGCAGAGAGCUCCAGUCCGACUCAGACGCCAGCAAGGCUGAGGUGGAGUACUGGUUUGGGAUGGUAUCAUCAAAGAUGAGCUUGUGGGGCCUUUUCGGGUUGAGGAUGGAGUCAAGCUCAACUCCCAGUCCUACUGCCAGUUCCUGGAAGACACCUUCUUCAAGCAGUGGUACAGGAAGAAGUCUGCAUCCUUCAAGAAAAACAUGAUUUUCAUGCAGGACAAUGCUCCAUCACACGCGUCCAAGUACUCCACAGCGUGGCUGGCAAGAAAGGGUAUAAAAGAAGAAAAUCUAAUGACAUGGCCUCCUUGUUCACCUGAUCUGAACCCCAUUGAGAACCUGUGGUCCAUCAUCAAAUGUGAGAUUUACAAGGAGGGAAAACAGUACACCUCUCUGAACAGUGUCUGGGAGGCUGUGGUUGCUGCUGCACGCAAUGUUGAUGGUGAACAGAUCAAAACACUGACAGAAUCCAUGGAUGGCAGGCUUUUGAGUGUCCUUGCAAAGAAAGGUGGCUAUAUUGGUCACUGAUUUGUUUUUGUUUUGUUUUUGAAUGUCAGAAAUGUAUAUUUGUGAAUGUUGAGAUGUUAUAUUGGUUUCACUGGUAAUAAUAAAUAAUUGAAAUGGGUAUAUAUUUGUUUUUUGUUAAGUUGCCUAAUAAUUAUGCACAGUAAUAGUCACCUGCACACACAGAUAUCCCCCUAACAUAGCUAAAACUAAAAACAAACUAAAAACUACUUCCAAAAAUAUUCAGCUUUGAUAUUAAUGAGUUUUUUGGGUUCAUUGAGAACAUGGUUGUUGUUCAAUAAUAAAAUUAAUCCUCAAAAAUACAACUUGCCUAAUAAUUCUGCACUCCCUGUAUGUGCUAACUGAAAGUAGCUUCUAACCAACGUUGGAGAAGCAGGAAUCUAUAUCUCUAUUCCUUAGGCCCAAUUCCACAAACCAACUAAAAUAAACCACUUCCUUUUAACUGAGAGCGACCCAUCCACCUUGGUCCCUUCUAACUAUAUAGCAUGCACUUCCAAGGGUUUGAUAUCACAGUCAAUCACCUCCUUAUUCCCUUCACAUGUAACCAGUCACUGCAUUUAUACUAUUCAUUAUCUCUGCCAUCACCUUCAAAUUCAUCCAUUACUUCUUAUCUCAUCUCCUCAUUUUAACCUUUAGAUUGUAAGCUCAUGGGCUAGCUAGCAAGGUACUCUGUAUAAAAGAUCUUCAGAUGCUAUAUCUCCCCUCAUGGGCAGGGUUUUCUUUACGAUUUGCGUUGGUUUCGUUACCGUGCAGUGUCUUUUCCCCAGUUGUACAGCACUGCGGAAUGUGUUGGCGCUUUACAAAUGCCAGUAAUAAAAUAAAUAAAUGUGUUUUAAAAUGAAAUUUAUAUUUGCUAUUUAUAAAGCACCAACAUAUUCAGUAGCGUUGUACAACGGUGGAGCAAUUGUAAAUGUUAUUGUAAAACAUUUUGACAUACAACGCUAGAGGAGGAAAGCCCUGCUAGGGCAUGUUUACAUUUUAGUCUCAUGAUAUGUGUUAUUGUUUCUAAUAUGAAGCAGCCAUUUUAUCAUGUUUUUGGUUCUUAUGUAUUAAUUAUCAUAUUGCACAAAACAAUGAACACACUAGCAAAUAUCACAGUCUGUACUCUCACAAGGGGAGCUGGUAGAAGGGGUGAGCCAAGGGCCAAAAACACCGAUAUACAUUUUUUUUUUUUUUUUAGGCCUUUGAAGUCGUGGCCUUUAAGCCAGUUUUCUUGCCAUGCCCCAUUUUAUUCUGCGUCCACACUAAUCAUCAGAAAAUGUACUCCUACACAGUAUAGAUGGGCUGUUACAUUUUUACAGGGUUAUUCACUAAAGUGGGAAUUCAAAGUAAAUUUAAAACGUAAGGACAAAAUAGCCGAACUGGAACAUUUCUGUUUGGCUACUCUGGCCUUAAAUUUGAAAUGUACAUUGAAUUAUUCACAUUGAAUUUUCACUUUUAUCUAGGAAAUUGUAGUCCACAAUUAACGUUUGACUUUGACUAGACGUCAUUUGAUGGAGUAGUCCACAGACAGCUUGGGAAAUGUAGAAUAACUGUGGCCAUGAUAAGGAUUUUGUUCUGCAGCGUUGCUAAUGGAGAAGAAGGAGUUCUAUUUACUCAAUGCUCUCACUUAAUUCUCCAGCUCAGGGUGGUUUUACUUGCCAGUAGCCACGUUACGUACUCUCAUGCUUGUUGAAGUGACAUCUGAUCCGAAAUGGCAGAAUGUGCUGUGGAACGUAUUUGUUUUGCCCAAAAUUUGGUCCUACAGGAGAUAAAGUUGUCCCUACAUUGUCUCAUAUAUAUAUAUAUAUAUAUAUAUAUAUAUAUAUAUACACACAUACAUACCUAAAUAUACUUAAAUGGGGUACUGCUGGGGGCCAAUACGUACAGUAAAAAUGAAAAUCCAGCGCACUCACUUAUCUACUAAACAGUUAUUUUAGUGCUGAACAGUUUUUUUAGUUUUAUUAAAAACACCUAAUCUAGGCAAAAAAUAAUGGUGGUUUAGUUGUAUAUAUAUCGUGUGAUUGACAUGACAUGAAAAAAUAUAUAUUUAUAAUAAUACUCUGCUGCUCUAAAGAUUUAACGUUCUUAAAGGGCAACCAUCAACCUUGAUUUGCUUUAUCUUUAAACUGAGUUUUAAAUAUUUUAAACAUUCCUUCUCAACUGCACUUUCUUGCCCUUGUACUAGCAGAACGUGGUGAGUUAUGUUUUGUUUAUGUUUUUCCCCGUUUAAACAUUGCGUCAUGCCAUCAGAAUAUACUCAGGGCUUAAAGUUUGAAGUCGUAUACCACUAGCCAGGCAUUACAAAUUACUAGCCCCUGCACCCUACUCAGAGGAGUUAAUCUCUACUUAUUGGGGACAAAUUUUAACCCAACAAUGGCUAGUGGCAAGUGGAUAUUUUGAACCCUGUUGUAUCUACAUGUACUUUACAUUGCUACCAUAUUUUCUAUUAAAUUUACAAUCAUUUUAAAUCCAUAAUUUGCUUGUAAAUAAUUUUCUUUCCAUGUUCUGGUUUGGUUUUUAGCUUUCCCUGGAUUUUAGCAAAGAUGGCAGCUGAAGUUAAUAUGAGGGAAUGUCUCGCUCAAAUAGACAAAGAAAAACGGAGAACUUCUAGAGUCAACAAGAGCCCAAGGAAAGGGAGGUCUUCAUCUGGGGGGAGUGGAAGCAUUGAGGAUGUGGGUAAAUCAGGGGUGGCACAAACUGAGGUGGUCGCAAAGACAUCAGUUCUUCAGGGUAAAAUUAAAGCUCUAAAAGAGAAACACAAGGAGUUGAAAACCAAAGAGUGUAGCAAAGAGGAAGGAGACCUGGCAGAGGAUGUCCUGGUGGUUCCUCAACUGCGUACAUAUCUGACAGAAGAUGCACUUGAAAAUAGUAGCCCCGGAAGAUCCGUCAAUACUGGACAGGAGAAUUUGGGUUCAGAGAAAGAUUGGGGUGACUGCAGGAUAGAUGGUGCUGAACAUAAAUACAGUGGGCAUUUGGCAAUGAGCUUUUCUGAUAUGAAUCUGAACACCAAUGAGAUGAGCUCACAGAUAUGGCCUGAGGAUCGACUGCCAUCCUCUUUCCAGGAGAAGUUAGGUCCAUCACAGUAUACGAACAACCUGAGCCUGGCUGAGAGAGUGGAGAGGAACAGACAGGACCUAAGAUCUAAAUUCAUCAAAUCCACGCGUUACGAUGUAGCGGCAUUGCAUGGAGAUGGGGAUGAUCAAAUACACCUAUCCAAUGACCCCUGUGAGUAAUGUCCUUUACCGGGAUGAAUGGUGUUCGAGUGAUAUUGGGGGGUGUUUUGCAAUUUGUUAGAAUGUGGUACAACACAUUUUUGUUCUUAUGGAAUCUACUUCUUUGGACUGUAGGGAUAUUUCUUGGGAACGUGGAUGGUGACUCAGGCGUGUCACUGCCGGUUUCAGAGAGCUGCAGGUAAGAAAUAUAAAUUACCUAACUUUACCAUACACUUCAUCCUUUCUAGAAUAUUAAAGGGACACUAAAGUCACCAGAACAACUACCACUUAUUGAAUUUGUUCUGGUGAGUAGAAUCAUUACCUUCAGGCUUUUUGCUGUAAACACUGUCUUUUCAGAGAAAAUGCAGUGUUUACAUUACAGCCUAGUGAUAACUUCACUGGCCACUCCUCAGAUGGCUGUUAGAGAUCCUUCCUGGGUCAUGGCUGCCUAAAAUGCAUCCAAACAUUCAGUAUCUCCUCCCUCUGCAUGCAGGCACUGAACUUUCCUCAUAGAGAUACAUUGAUUCAAUUCAUCUCUAUGAGGAGAUGCUGAUUGGACAGGGCUGUGUUUGAAUUGUGCUGGCUCUGCCCUUGAUCUGCCUCCCUGUCAGUCUCAGCCAAUCCUAUGGGGAAGCAUUGUGAUUGGAUCAGGCUACCACUUCUGAUGAUGUCAGCAGACAGUUUGUUUUUCUGAGGCAAACAGCAUGCAGAUCUACAUACACAAAGAUAAAGCACUGCGCUUACAGCAGCAGUGGCUUAGUAUCCAACAGCUUAAAAUACAUAGUAAAAACAAAGAAAACGUUACCUGCGCUCUGGCCUAAAUCCCCAUGUGCAUUUAAACAAAAAUGGAGGCUCUUUAGUUUUAUUCUAAUGGCCAUUUGAAUAUAUAAGCUCACCAGCCACAUCAAGGCAAGCCUCAAUAGGUGAGUUCCUACACUAGCCAUUAGAUAUGCUGAUAUCAGCCAAGAGUCUCCAAUGAGACAGGAAGGGGUAUUUUAUAAACCCUUUAACAUUUAACCCUUUAUAGGGCUUCUGCACAUACAAUAAACUUUGCUGAUAUCAGACAAAGUGAGACAGAAAGGGGUGUUUUAUAAACCCUUUAACAUUUAACCCUUUAUAGGGCUUCUACACAUUCAAUAAACUUUUCUGGUAUCAGACAAAGUAUAGACGUCUCUAAUGAGACAUGAAAGGGUGUUUUAUAAACCCCUACAUACUUUACCCUGAAUAGGGCUAUAGCAUACAAAUCGCCUUGCUGGUAUCAGCUAAAAGGCAAAUUUCUCUGAUGAGACAGGAAGGGGUGCUGCCCCUACAUACUUAUAAAAUCUACAUCUUCAUACUUGAAUACAGUAAGAUUUUGCUAUAUUUAUGGAGGCAUGAGGGGCCCAGGGGGGCUAGAUGGUGGUUUUAACACUAUAGGAUCAGGAAUACAUGUGAUCCUUUAAACUAAUAACAGACCACAUUAGAGAACUUAACUGGAGUACACAGCCUGUACCUCUCCAGCAAUGUAUUACUUCUUUCUUCAGUGAGAACAGUGUGUCCUUAUAAUGCCAUCAGACUUAAAGGGUUACUGCAACCACCAUGGCCACUUCUGCUUUUAUAAGUGGUCAUGGUGAUGAUAGUCUGUAUGUCCAGUGUUUUUCCUUGAAAUGGUGCACAUACAGAAAUAUUUGCACUGCUGUGUUGGGGGCUUGCUACAUCACCCCGCACACGAGAUUUAGGCAGACCAGAACUGUUCCAAGCUGUCUAAUGUAAUUUCUGAGCAAAACAUAUGUCUGUCGUCAGCGCAAACAGCACACUAGUGACAGAUGUAAUGAGCAUAUACCUUGCAGGUAUCGCCGGGAGUGAGCCUGCAAUGGGAAGCCUUGAUCUUCGUUUCCUUCUGUGUACUCCCCUCCACCAGCUUUGCUAAAAUGCCACUUUUCUAACAUUUUAUGUUAAAUCCCUUCUUCCUUUUUUAAAUUUAGGAUAGUAAGUUCUAAAUAGCUAUUCUCCACAUAUAUCAUUUGAUUAUAUUCAUCCAUCAUCCCCCUUCUCUAUUCAUCCAUCAUCCCCCUUUUCACUGGUAGGAAAUGCCUGGGUAAUUACUGAAUGGGAUCACAUUGGUUUAAAGUCAAGGCUACCGUCCAGACUGAUUGUUCAUGUACACACACUGUAUAAAAUCACUUGUGUUAUGGCCUGACAGAGAAAUAAUUAUCCAAUUGUAUUGUAUGAAUAUAGUAAAUAUCACCAUGAACAUCUGCUUGGUAGAGACAAGAAUAACCAUUUGCCCCUUAAUUCAACCUGCACCAAGCUUCCAGGUGUUUAAUCAACAAGAAAGUCUUUAUUUAUAGUAUCAGACAUAGUGGUUCCCCUUACAUGUGGCUCCAGGUAUCUCUCAUACACUGCUGCUAUCCUGGAACCUGGAGACACAUGGGACUUUUAAAUAGUGUGUGUGACUGCUAACUUAUGGUGACUGUUAACUUAUCAUGGUAGUAACUAAAAAAGCCAAUUUGAUGCAGGUAAAAGCUAGACCCUCUGUUUUGGUGUCUGGAAUUGUAACAUUGACAUUCUAUGUAUGUAAAGAUAAAUAUUACGGCAGCACUGCUGGCGAGAGCCUAGUCUUAUGUCAUAAUUGUAUCCACAAAACAUACAGCCGGCUUGCAGCCCUAUAAACAGCUUAUUGAAUUGUUUGAAGAAAUCACAUCAAGUAGAGAUGACGUGUUCUCUCCACCGUCACUUUCACAAAGCUUUUUAACACAGAGACAGAAGUAAUCAUUGCCUGUAAUCUUUAAGCCUAAACCAUAUGUUAUAAAUCACAGCCAGUGUCUAUCAGUGUGUGUCCUUGUCUAAUCAUGUCAAAAAUGGGUUAUGUCCUAAUAUCACCUCCUGGUGCAUUUUGUGUUUUAUUUGAAUGAUCCGUCAGGGGGCACUGUCAGUGUCUGUCUCCUAUACCACCCUUUAUUUAUUUUUUUUAUACGGUCUGACGUUGGCUAUUACACUUAGGGAAGUGGCGUCACUAUAAAAUCCACUCUAAUCCUCUCCCAGGGAGCUGAGCGUCCGUCACGAGCAGGCCAAGCAGCUGUUGCACAGAGCACGAAUGAAAGCUAAAGGAGCGAGUCCAUUGCGAGCCUCUCACUGUGUUAUAUCUCAUCCGAACUCGCAGCCUCCACUCAGGCGGUAAGCAGGGAAGGGGGGAGAUGGACAGGGCAUGUAAAGGAAUUAAGAAAACCCUACAGGCUCAUCAAGAACAACAGAAAUAAAUAAGGGAAAUGGGGGAAAAGUUGAUCUGAUUAAGGAUAUGUCAUGCUGUCGUAUGUUUACCCAUUGUUUAACUCCAUCAUGCAUGUUUUCUAUAAUUUGCAUUUGCGAUGUCUGUUUUACUUAGAUCUUUUUCAGUGAAGACAAAUGUACACAUUCCGCUCUAGAACAAGCACGUUAACCCUUUGAAAACCACUGACAUCUAAUGCCAUCAUUACAAUCAGUGCCAGCAUGGAAUGGACUAUUAUUUAACCAUUUGCAUCUUUAUAUCACAUGUAAAUAGGACAUUGCAUUUCAAAAGGUUAAAUUAAACCUCAUUAAUGCAGGGACAAUACUCUGGUUUUACAUUUAAUGUGAUAUAGUAAUCACUUCCCAACUGUAUGUGUUUUUCUUGAAAAUACUGACAUUUUUACUCUAUGUAAUGCCUAUAUAUUGGAAUCACUUUGCAACAAAGCCAAAGAAAUCUCAUAUUGCCGUGUGUCUGCCCCAGAUAAUAACGGGACUCGAUUAUAGUGAGAAACCAAUUGAUUUUUACCAAACCCAGAUAACAGACAAUCAAUAGCCCUCACAGAUUAAAUGUAUACUGAUUCACAGCUUGAGAACACACUAAUUAAUCGUGGAAGUUCUGACCCCAAAAAUGAAUGUGACUCCUGCGGGUAAAAGACAAACAAAAAAGUGAAACCAGUCAGGAGCAAUGUCCUGGAAAUCCGUCUAGAUAAUAAAAAUAAAUAAUACAAUGACACUACAUUUGUCAGUCUCACUAUGGGGUAAUCACUUUAUUCCACGCACAUGACAUUGGUUGUGUCAGGCUUAGUGGUGUCAUGUUGAUUGGUCUAAAAUAAAUAAUUUUAAGUUAAUCUAAAAUAUAUCAUAUACUGCCGACCCUCUUGGCAAUCAGUACAGUGGAUACCACUGUUUGCUGGUUCUGUAUUAGCUGAGGUCUGUUCAGUAUCAGUAUCCGUUCUGCAGAAAGUUUGUUGUAACAGCAUUCAUUAUCUGUGGAUUCUUUAAUAACCUUUAACAUGAUAUCUGUAAAUCCUUGUCUCAAAUAAUGACCUUUUUCUGUAGGAGCUAUUUACAAAGAAUAAUCCAUACUGAUCGGUAUGAUGCAUUAUUGAUGUCCUAUUUGUUUGAUGUCCCGAGAGAGUUCAACAAUGGGAUCUUAGUUAAAGAUUUCCAACAAGUAACAGUCCAACUACUGGAAAACUGCCCCUCCGUGGGGCUUUUACACCAAGUGGAUAAAAUGAAGCCUCAUCGGAGAGUUAGCAGCUGGCUAGAGCAGUGGUAAUGUCACUUAGAAGUGGGAAACCCAGGUCCAAAUCCUGGUCAGACCUCCUCACCAGUAAUUGUCCCCUGUUGGGAAACCUAAUGAUAUAUCGGUCUUGUUUGUGCAGGGCCUUCUUCACCUUUAAUUAUCCUCUUACUUUAAUUGCGCAGUGGAAUAUGUUGGCGCUAAUAAUAAUAAUAAUAAAAGGUAGUUUCACGGCAGCUGGAGCACUGCUAACUUUUUUACCUUUGAUGUAGCUUAUCUAUAGGGAAGAAAGAACAACUUUUUAAAUUAGCAUAUACUGAAUGAAGUAAAACCCAGACUGUGCUGCUCUCUUUCCAACAUAUCUAGUGAGAGACAGGGCCGGUGCAAGGAUUUUUGCCACUCUAGGUGAAAUUUUCUUUUGCCACCCCAUUCGUUCCACCCACUCAUGAAGACUUACUUACACUGACCCAUACACACACACACACACACACACACGCUGACCCAUGCAGACACACACAAUGACCCACACACAUACGCUCACAUUGACCCAUACACACAUGGACUCAUAAAGACACACACGCUGACCCAUACACACACACUGACCCAUGCAGACACAUGCUGACCCAUACACAGACCGGUACAUACCCAUACACACACACACACACACACAUAUAUACUGACUCAUAAAGACAAACACACUGACCCAUGCACACACACGCACACACUGACCCAUACACACACACCCAUACAUAUACACACAAACAGACCCAUAAAUACUCAUACACACACACAGACCCAUAAACACUCAUACACACACACAGACCCAUGCAUACUCAUACAUACACACACACAGACAGACCCAUACAUACACACACAGUCCCAAGCAGACUGACAUACACAAACAUACUGACUGAAACAUACUGACACACAUUCUAUGAAACACACUGUGCAUUUUCUCUUACCUUUAUUGCACUUUGCAUACCUGUCUUCUUUAUUGCACACGGCACUGCACUGCCGACACUUUUUUGCUAAGCCCCAUUUCCUGUUAUUCUUCCGCUCCCUUGUCCCCACGUACAGGGCAAGGGGUGGGAGCGAGUGAAUGACACAUCCUUGCACUGCCUCGGUGCUUGACUUGGAGAAGAGUCCUGACUUAGCAGGCUGUGGUGAAUGCUGGACUGAUGUUCUACCGGGCGCUAGUCUACAAGUAAGUGCUCCCUAGCGCCCGGUAAUGAGGCCCGCUAUAUAUAAUCAAUCCCACUUGAUAGGGGGGCGGCCAGACAAGCAGUAAAGCCACUGCUGGCGCCCCCCUUCAGUAGGCACCCUCGGCGGCUGCCUACCAAGCCUAUAGAACGCGCCGGCCAUGCCUAAAAUGGAUAAAACCUACUGGCAAAUCUAGUCCUGAUAACCACAUAAUAGUGUUGACUAUCAGUCCAUAUCCUUCAGAUGUUGCAUCUGGAUUGGCAGAUUGUAUACAACUUUAUUAAAGCUAUUUUUUUGCUUUAUUUGUAAAAUAUAGGUAGAAAUAUGUGAUCGGAAAAGAGAACUUUUAAAGCAGGACAGUAAAUCAAACUCUGGGAAUUAAAGAGACCCUAUAGGUGUUAUAACCACUUCAUCUCAUUAAAGUAGUUGCAUUGCCUGGAGUCUCUGGGUGCCAUUCCACUGUUCAGUUUAAAAUUGACCGUGGGACAAAUCCAGGGGUUUCAGACAUGGUAACUAUUUCAAUGAGAUUAAGUGGCUAUGGUGCCUGUAGUGUCCCUUUAAAUAAAAAUGCUAAAUCUUUAGCUAUGGAACAGUUGUCAUUAAGGCAUUUGUCACUAAAGACAGAAGAUUUUAUCUGAAGCUAAGUGCCCAUUCUUCGUAGUGCGCUUCUAAGUAUAAAAAAAAAUACAAUGUCUUCAAAACUGGGUGACAGAUCUUUUAAAGGUAUGUCCGCCAUUAUUAAAACUUGUUUUUACAUUUAUGAAGUUGCUCUGUUUUAGCUAAUAUUACCUGUGGCUGCAAGGAUCUGAGACAAUGGCCUAAAAAAGUUUGCUAUAUUGUUCAUGCUUGCCUGAAGAGGUCCUUUCCCAUUUCUCUUGACUUUCAUCUGUUUUCUUUUAUUGCAGGACCCCUUGUAUUUCUUGUACUACUACAGAUGGGGGGUCUCUGAGUGACAGCUCCAGCAGUGACUAUUGUUCGUGGCAGCGAGGCUCCCGGGGAAGCUCACCAUCUCAUGUUCGUUUCCAAGAUGAGUCUGAAUGGGAUGCAGAGGAGCGCUACCGUGAACGACAGCAACAAAGUCCACAAACACUGUGUGUGAACACCACUCCACCAGUUAAACGACACUCCAAUGGCCAUGGUUCCUGGACACAGAAUCCGGUACCCUCUGUGAAUGAACAAUGUGGAGCAUGUGGUUCUUAUCUAAAUGGAUCAGGAGUUAGUCAUAUUGCUGGAGGGACCUGCCAUGGUUCCACUCCUCGAAAUGUUCAGCUGGGUCCUAGAAUAACUCAGGAAGGUCCUCUCAGCAGCAUCACAGGAACCCGACCAUCUCCUCAUUGGAUUCUCCCAUCCCAGCCAUGGCGAAUACAUUCAGAGCUGAUCCGGGAGACACACAUUGGAGGGGAUUCCACUGCAGACUCAUCAGGGGAAGAAGAGGGAAGCCGUUGCCAGAGUAAAAAUAGUCCUAGCUGUACUAUCAGACAAAACUUCAGAAACAAACCACACAAUUUAUUACCUAAGCCAGGAACCACGACAUACUCCUCAAAUCCAGAAAUUGAAACAAGCAGUAAUGUGCCUGGUUCUAAGUUACCAAGUGAAAGUAAGCCUAGCCUGCAGAAAUCGAUAAUUGACCCGAGAGCAAAACAUUACCCACCACCUAUUAAUCCAAACUCAAAAGCCAAAAUUCCAGAAUCAAAUCUAGAAACACAAUCUAUACCCAGAGCAUGUCAGCUGGAUGCAGUAAUAAAAUCCAGGAAUCAGCCAGUGCCACUUAAUGUGAAUACUAAAACAGCAAUGAGGACUGUAGAACUCAGGAAAGAACUCAAUCCUGAUAUUGGUACUGGAGAUAUUUUGCUCAAUUUAGAGAUCAGAGAAGGUACGAAGAAACUCAGUCUAACUGAUGGAAAACCCCAGGCUGCCUCUACAGUACCUUGUAUGAAGCAGAUAAUCCCUCCAUUAGAUGUAGACUCUGUUGAGGGUAGCCGCUCAUUCUCUGGCCAUGUGCCUGUGCCACCAGCAGGGAGAGCCCCCAUGACUGUGCCAUCCAGAAAUACCAGGUUUACAAUGCGUCCAGAAGAAACAGUUCCACGGGAAGCAUGUUUGGUGGAAAUGCACAAUAAAAAUAAUGUUAAACAUAAUCCACUGCCAAAAUCCCUUCGAAAAAAUGUGGAUGCUCUAGGGGACGACCAGCUAGUCUCACAAACUGGUACCAAAACCAAGGAUAGUAAGACUAGAGAAAGUUCUCAUAAGUCUAGGAAGCAAGUAGACAAUGAAAAGUCUAACAGUGUCAAAGAGCACAGGAUCCAUAAUAGAAAUCAUGUGCCAACUGAACGGACAGAAAGGGAACAAACUCACAUAACUAAGAGACAAAGUGACAGAGAGCGACCUCAAAUCAUCAGAGAACAAGCUGAUGUCAAAGACGACACGAACAGAACAAUGAUCGGCUCAUCCAGGCAACAACAGAUCAGCGACCGGCAUCAUACAACCAGAGAAGAGAAGUGUACUGAAAGCAGGGGGACUGUUAAACAACACUGUGUCAACAAUACAAACAAAGGUAAGCCUUCAUCACCUAUACAAAUGGUAAAGCUAUUAAUGGAAUAAAAACCUGGACAAUUUAUGUGCAUGCAUAUUCAGGCUUAGGAUAAAUAUACUUGCGUGGCAAGCUGAAAUUUGUCCAGAUCUUGUAAAUAAAUAAAUGACAUAAUUCAAACUAAGUUCGAGUAACCUUCAACUUCUAUUUGAUUUCACUGCAAGCUGUCUCAGCUCUAAUGCACAUUCCUCAAUUCUUAAUACUGGAAGCAAGAAGGGGGGGAGCCAGCAAGAUGCAUAUUUUGCAGGAUUCAUAUUUUCAGUUAAAUUAAAGUGGCACUGUCAUUGUUCGGGGACUUUGCCGAAUUCUUAAUCUUCCCCUCCUCCUCCCGAGGGGGCUCGUUAUUGGGGGUCCAAUGGCCGGGGAGGGGGUGGGCAGGUAAAGGUAGGAUUUACUUACCUGAUCCUGUCCCUGGCGGACAUGGCCAUCUUCCUCUGGCGGGUCCUCUUCAGAGCUUACGGCACUGCUGCAAUCUCGCACGUGCGUGAGACUACAGCAUUGAGGUCUAUGGAGGAUCCUGUGAGACCCUGCAUAGACACAGCCAAUUCCGUCCAGCUGUCGGGAUUUACUCAUAGACUCCGUCAUAAGUCUAAGAAAGAGAGGCGGAGGAGAAAUACAGAGAUAAAGUAGUCCCUACUUUGUCAUAGUAUAUCCUUGACUGGGUUGGAAAUCAGUGAAAUUCCAACAUAGUCAAAAUGAAUAUUUCAUAAAGAUUUUAUCUUAAUUAUAUCUUUAAGAAAAAACUCAUGUCUUGUGGGGUGGGGGUGAAAGUGCCGCUUUAAAAAGACACUUUUGGCAACUGAACCACUACAGCUUAAAGGACCACUAUAGUGCCAGGAAAACAUACUUGUUUUCCUGGCACUAUAGUGCCCUGAGGGUGCCCCCACCCUCAGGGUCCCCCUCCCGCCCGGCUCUGGGGAGAGGGAAGGGGGUAAAACUUACCUUUAUUCCAGCGCCGGGCGGGGAGCUCUCCUCCUCCUCUCCGCCUCCGAUCCUCCCCUUCGGCUGAAUGUGCACGCGCAGCAGGAGCUGCGCGUGCAUUCAGACGGUCUCAUAGGAAAGCAUUAUCAAUUAUCAAUGCUUUCCUAUGGACGCUUGCGUCUUCUCACUGUGAUUUUCACAGUGAGAAGCAUGCAAACACCUCUAGCGGCUGUCAAUGAGACAGUCACUAGAGGAUUUGGAGGCUGGAUUAACCCAUUUAUAAACAUAGCAGUUUCUCUGAAACUGCUAUGUUUAUUAAAAAAAUGGGUUAACCCAAGCUGGACCUGGCACCCAGACCACCUCAUUAAACUGAAGUGGUGUGGGUGCCUAGAGUGGUCCUUUAAUGUAGUGGUUCUGGGGCAAAUAGCCUGUCUCUGCAGAUUGAGCUGUGUAUAUUCUGAAAAAAGGAAGUGUUUGCACUGCUGCUUAACACCACCUCUACUGGCUGUCACUUGGAAAGCCACAGGAGGGACGUGCUGCAUGCGGUCCUGCAAAGAUUGAGUCAAUGCAUGUCUAUAAGAAGAUGCUGAUUUGUACAGCUCAGUGAUUGCUGUGCACUUGCCUCCCAAUGAUUCUCUACGCAGAGGUGUGGUGACGGCAAGACUGGUGCCUUGAGGGAAAUAAGGUAAGCACAAUAAUCUAAAGUAAAACUGUAACAAUAAGACCUGUUUGUAUUCAGAAUGCUUGAGCUUUCCUUUAAAGGACCACUAUAGUGCCAGGAAAACAUACUCGUUUUCCUGGCAAUAUAGUGCCCUGAGGGUGCCCCCACCCUCAGGGUCCCCCUCCCGCCCGGCUCUGGAAGGGGGAAAGGGGUUAAAACUUACCUUUUUCCAGCGCUGGGCGGGGAGCUCUCUGCCUCCUCUCCUCCUUCUCUCCUCCCCGUCGGCUGAAUGCGCACGCGCGGCAAGAGCUGCGCGCGCAUUCAGACGGUCACAUAGGAAAGCAUGCAUAAUGCUUUCCUAUGGACGCUGGCGUGCUCUCACUGUGAAAAUCACAGUGAGAAGCACGCAGGCGCCUCUAGCGGCUGUCAAUGAGAGAGCCACUAGAGGGAAUGGGGGAAGGCUUAACCCAUUCACAAACAUAGCAGUUUCUCUGAAACUGCUAUGUUCAUGAAAAAAUGGGUUAACCCUAGCUGGACCUGGCACCCAGACCACUUCAUUAAGCUGAAGUGGUCUGGGUGCCUAGAGUGGUCCUUUAAGCAUUUCUUUUUGUUUUUCAUUUUACAUAUUACCUACCUAAUGCUUUAAAAACAAAUUGUGGGUAAGUUCAAAGUGGGAGUAUACUGUUAAAGUGCUUCAGCCACCUACAAUGACUCUUAUCAUUUAACCCACUCAGUAUAGUAGAGGGCUGUUUAAAUGAUUGUAAAUGGGAAAUUGUGACUUUGGAAGAUGUUUGUUCUGUUGCAUGUGGUCCCUACCAGCAGUCCAGGGUUUGUCUACUUUCCUACAUCCUGGCCUGUUGGUGUGGAUUGUGGAUUAGGUAACUACUGGCCUACAAUAUUGAUUGAGCCAUUCCACUGAUUAUAUUUUGACUCAAUAAACAGUUGUACUAAGUCGACAACCAAGAUGCUCAAUUAGGGGCAAAGAAUAACGGAGAGAAAUGUCAACUUGGAGAAUAAUUUUUCCAACUAGUUUUGUCUAAAUUUUUCAUCUCUGUUGAGAAGUAUUUAUUUCACUGUUUAGUGAAUAAACCCAUUUCUAAAUAUCCGUACCUACCAUGGCAUACAGCAAAUGAUGGCAAAACCAGUUGUGGCAUUUGUUCAUUUCUAAUAUCUCAUUAGGCAAUGUAGUAACGUGGCACCUUAGAGGGCACAGGGUUUCUGGCAAUCAUUCUGUAAACAUUAACUAAUAUUCUUCGUAUAUUUCCAUCACAGAAUCUCCGUUCAAAGGUGCCACAGUCUCCAACCCAUCUCGUCUUUAAAUUCUCUACAUUUUAGAGUUUUCCAGCUGUUGCAGUAAGCUCUGAACACAGCAGAAAGCCUAUUAAGAUUUUCACUGUUCCGUUGAGUGCAGCCUGGACUUUUUCAAUAAAUCCUCGGCCCAGCAGGAGUUUAAGCAAUAUGUAGUUCAGCUCUUGUCAGUAAUUCCACUCAUCCUAUAGGAUAAAUAGAGCAUAUGUCCAAGCUGAUAGCAGCUGUGAUCCACCAACUCUCUGAGUUAAUGAUUUAUUGUGGCUUCCUGCAGAGGUGUUGAUGCUGUUCAUGGUAUUGAUUAUGUCUGUCUCUCUGUCUGUCCAUCCAUACAUACAUCCAGCCAGAUGCUUUAGUACAGUAAUAUAAACUCCUUUGAGGAAUACAGUAAAAGCCCCCGUAGCCAUAUUCAUUGAGGCAAUCAGUGCUUCCAGUUUGGGCAAUUAGCCUGCUAUAACUAUUAUCUUAGUAAAUAUGGCACAGCUCCUGGUAUGUUACCAUUUGCUCCGUCAUGGAAGGACAUGUAACCAGGGAUUCCCUUACUGCCUGAUGUCAUUGUCAUGCUUUGUUAAUCCGUAUUGAUGGCAUGUGCUGAUUGUUUGAUUUUCUGUCCCAAGGAGAUGACAUCUUCCAGUCCACAAGUCAAGAUGACUUCACUCAUGAAAAGCAAUUGGUACACGAGCCAGGGAAUGAACGGUGAGUUAAUGGCAGCAUGGCAAAUAUACAAGAAUGCUUAGCUGAAAACACCCGUCAACAAAUAGAAUACCACGUGUAUACUGCCAUAAUUAUAACAGCAACAUGUACACUGCCAUCAUUAUAACAGCAACGUGUACACUGCCAUAAUUAUAACAGCAACGUGUAUACUGCCAUAAUUAUAACAGCAACGUGUACACUGCCAUAACUAGAAGAGCAAUGUUUACACUGUCAUAACUAUAAGACCCCCCACUCCCCCAGUCUGUGAGGUACCACAGGAUCGAUCCCUUGUUUUGUUUAGUGAGUGCAGUCCCAGUGCAUGGAUUUAUGGGAUAUGUAGUUCAUCAGAUCUUCUGAGUGGAACUGCAGUGUUGGCAGGGUGUUCUCUGAUUGUGUAUGAUCACAGUUGUGGUUUGGAGCUUUGCAGUGAUUUGUGAACACUGUAUGCACAUUAUGGGUGGCAAAAGAACGCAAAAAAGUUAAACUUCAUCCUUUGACAUCAGGCACAGAACAGGAAUGGUUUUAGAUGCAGUUAUAAGACAUUGUUUGCAAUGACGAGGUGUCACACAUUGAGCAGAGCUUGUUAUGGUGCUGAGUGGGACCUUUUAAUAAAGAGUUUUACAAAGUGAAAGAGCAAUAAUCUGAAUGUAGCCUAGAAUCAUGAUAUGCUUUAUUCUGACCAUGAAAUCUGAGGGUUUAAUACGCAAAGUGGGUGGGCGCCCUAAAAAACAAAAAGGGGGGGACCUACUGUCCUCCCCCCUGGUCCCCACCCCUGAGCGGUGAGUGGGGCCCUAAAAAACAAGGGGGGGGACCUACUGUCUUCCCCCCCCCCGGCCCCUACCCCUGAGCGGUGGGUCGGGGCCCUAAAAAAAACAAUAAGGGGGGACCUACUGUCUGCCCCGGUCCCCACCCCUGAGCGGCAGGUGUGGGCCCUAAAUAAAAAUUCACCCCCCCCAAUCAAGGUGACUAGGGGUCCCAAGCCCCUAGUCACCCCCACCCAAAUAAAACUAUCCCCUACCUACCCCCCUCACCCAAAAAAUAGUGAGGGGGGAAUAAAAUAACUAACCUGUAAACAAAAAUUAAACUUGCCAUUUGACGUCUUCUUUUUUCUAAAAUCUUAAUUUUUCAGCCCCAAAAAAGGCCAAAUAAAAAGCAAUCAUACCCGUCAAACUUAAAAUAAAAUAAAAAACCUGAGCGCAAAAAAAUCAAUCCAUCUUCACCCAUAGAGGGCUCCGCGCAGACUGAGCUCUGCAGGGUGGGGAAGGCUUAUAAAGCCUUGCUCUGGCCUGCAAUUAGGCUAAGAACACUCUGAUUGGUUGGUUUAAGCCAAUCAGAGUGCUCUUUGUCAUUUUACACAGCGUGGGAAAAUUCCAAAGAACUUUCCCACGCUGUGUAAAAUGACACAGAGCACUCUGAUUGGGUGGCUUGAAAUCCAUCCAAUCACAGUGCUCUGUGUCAUUUUACACAGCGUCACAGGCUGCUCACUGUUUAAUAGACAUGCCCCUACUCGCGGUAUAGCGAGUAGGGGCUGAAUUUACUAAUACUAAGUAAUCUUUACUUAGUAUUAGUAAAGUUGGCUGAAAGACCAAUUUAGGUCUUUCAGCCUUUUAGUAGAUAACUCCCUGAUACCAUGGGAAUUGGGCAGUUAUCUACUAAGGUUAUCUACCUAACAAAGUCCCGAAUUGCAUCCUAACACGAAUGGAGAAACUGUUCUCAUUCUGUUAGGAUGCAAUUCGGCAGUUUUGCCGGCGUUCUGUCUAAGUGACAGGACGUUUGGCAAUACUGACAGGAAGCAUCGUGGGAACAGGGAGGAAAGGUGAAAAUUGUGGGAAAAUUGCUCUGACCAUCGGAAAUGAAGCACACUUUGCUCCUCCGCUGGUCAAAGAGUCCCUACUUUGUCUUAUGAUUUUAAAGAAAACUAAAGAAGACAUGAAGAAAAGAAGAACAGAUCCUGAGAGAGGGGGAGAAGAGGAAGAGAUUGAGGAAAGGUAAGUUCGGCAUGACAGUGCCGCUUUAAAGUUUAUAUUAAAAAAAAGUGACUGGGAGGAAUCAGUCAUAAAUUCUACUCUGCAACACGGUGUUGCUGUAUUCUGUAACAAUUUUAGGAUAUUAAUAUCAGUGUCCAUUAUAUAAGGUGUAUAGGACACUUUACGUAAUAUUAUAAAAACCAAGGAACACACUGAUUUCUGUUGGUUUAUUUAUGUUAAAUACAAAUGAAUUACAUGGGAUUAUUACAUAAUCCAGGGACUGAUCGAGGAGAGGUAAAAUGCUUAGAGGAAGGAACUUCCUUUACAGAUUAGCAUGCAAGAAGAAUAACUGCUUGUCUUAAAGGGACUCUGCAAGCAUCUCAAUGAAGUGGGCUGGGUGCCUGCCCCCCUCUUCCCCCCUAUUUUAACACUGCAGAUGAAAAUAUUGCAAUUGUGCAGAAAUAUUGUCGUUGCAGGGUUAACCUGCCUCUACUGGGUAUCAUACUGAGCCACUAGAGAUGCUGCUGCUAAAAUAAUUGAAAUAAUAGAGUAAAACUCCACUAUUUUAAUCAGUCUCAUAGAGACCAUCUGAUUGGUGCAGCCUUGUGUUCUGCCACGCUUGCGCACUGGCCUAGGUAAAAACACUGGAUUGGUUGAGAUCAUAGAUCUCAAUGAUGUCAGCCAAAGAGUGAGAGCUGCACGGCUCUGCGAGGGAAAGGAGGUAAGUAAACUCACAUUUCUAACCCUGGCAACAGGGGCCAGGUCACCUUGACAGUGACUUGGGCAUUUUAGCGAAUACACAUUUGUAUUUCUAACACAAUAGUGUUCCUUUAAUCAUGCUUUACACUGAACAUUUACCAAGAGUCAAUGAAGAGCUUUGGACUGUAACCAUACGGGAUUUGCUUGUCCCCAGUCCUGUAGAAGAUAAGUUGUUUACAGUAACGCCGUCUCCUCACUCAGUGUAUGUAGAUGCCCGUGAUACUGGGAAAAGUCUCAUUGAACUGUUUUGUAAUAUUUAUUUUACUGUUUAAGCUUGCUGCGUCCAUACUGUUUGAAGUUGCUCUGUUGAUGUUUAAAGUGUGUGAGAGACAUACAGAUGUAAGUGCUAUUUUUAGCACGACUCCUCUUAUCUGGAGCAGCAGCGUAUGCCAAGACGUAAAACCUUAUUCAGUGUUUUCAGUUUUAUCGAACAAAAAACACAUAGGAAUUUGUAUUACCCGUAGAAAGCCAAAGUAGGUAAAGAAUAAACAAGCAAACAUUAAACUCCAUUAAAUGAGUCUGUGGUGUCUGAUCUUAUCCCAUAAAGCCCUAUUCAGCAGAGACUAAUUGGAUAAGAGGGUUAUACCCAAGAGAAGUUCCUCUUAUUACAAAUAAUGAGAGUAAAUUCUGUAUAAACUGACAGCAGCCGUAGCCCAGCUGCAUGGAGUUUACAAACAGUCCAGUUCGCUGUUAAGUAAUUCAUGAUGUGUGCAUGGAUUGGUAGAUUCACAACUUGCCCAUGAGCAGUCCACAGCUAAGCUCUUUCACUGGACAGGAAAGGGAGCUUAGUCAUGGGCAGUGGGACAAUAGCCUUGGCCAUUGGUACACAGUUUGUAGGCAGCAGCCUCACAAUAUUUUUCUGCAGAUUGUUAUAGCAGGAGGCACAUUGGGUUGUCUGUUGGCACCGUAUUGGAGAACCGAGGCCCUCCCCUGAGCUCAGUCCAAGUUGUGAGAGCACCAUUCCUACACAGCAAACACAACAUGGCUAAAAUUAGCAUAGACAGCUUGGAAGUGAAGUAUAUAACUGCAGCAAUUUAUUCUAAAACCAUGUGAGUACAGGGCAGUGUCUGCACCGUUAACUUUGCAAUACUGUAAUAUUGAUACGGUGCUUAGAGUGACCUUUUAAAUGAGUCCACUAUCUGAUUCUAACGAUCGUCAGAAAAUUUACACUUACUGUAAUUUUUUCCUUUCUCAAAACCUCCCCGAAAAACCACAGACUUAGGCGUAUCUUAUUUCCGUUGUAUCAUGAGUCCUAAAAAGACGCUGUGCUCAUCUGGCAUGAAUGCAUCAGAAUAUGGGCAGAACAAGUUGUGUAGGAUUAGAAUUUUUGGGGGAUUUUGUGGUGGUCUGUUUUUACUCACUGGUACUUUCUAGAAUGUACAGUGCCUGAACACUUAUUUUAAAAUAAUACUGCAAUUAAUUAACCAUUGCAAAAUGAUACUAAUGUGCAUCUAAUAGUUACGUAUUAUUAUUUUUAGGGCUUUUUUCCCCUUUCUUCCAUUUGUCCUGUUUUUAGAAUUAACCUGCAAUUAUAUUGCAAUUCUUUUAUUUGGGGACUAUGGGAAUCAUGCAUCUUAAAGUCAAUAUUAAUAAAAUUAAAAAAAAUUGCAUUUACAUCAAGUAGAUGUCCGUUUUUACUCUUUGAAAAACAUAAAGUCUAUCAGUCAAAUGAGCCUGUCUUAUACGGAACACUAAUGAUUGGGCAACAUUAUUACCCUAACAUACCAUGAUUACAGGAGACGUAAAGUAAUAAUAAUAAAAUGUUGACAUACUGUAUAUUCAAAGAUAGUUCUUAACAAAGUAAAACAUCACAAAAUGAGGCAUAUGGAAGAGAAAAAAUUAAAGGGUAAAAAUGUCAGCUCAUUUAGUUUGUUACUGAUUAUUUAAUGUGAAACCUGGAGUAGUCGAGGCUUAUUAAUAUACAUUUUUUGUAUAAUGUGUUUAUAUUUUAGUGGGCCAAAUGUUCCUGUUAUGCCUCUCAAUCCAUUGCCAUCUCCGGUAAAGAAAAGUGACAUCCGCAGUGGGAUGAGGAAGCUCUUCUCUACGUUUGGGUUGACCUCUCGUCCCAGACUGGAUCGAUUUCAGUCGUCCAGUUUAGAGCAGAUCUCUCAUGCAGCUGUCCACAACGGAGAUGGUGACGGAGAUGGGGAAAGCGAGAUGGGUAGUGUAGCGGUGAAACCAAGCAGAAUUAAGAAGAGCCCAUCGCUGCAGUCACUGAAACUGGUGAGUAGAGCAACAAAGUAUCAUAAUGAAUCCCUGCAGCAUGUACCAGGUGAAUACAGGCUGAGAGCUGAUAAAGGGUCCCUUGGAGCUCUUAAAGCCUUUCAAGCCCUUAUCUAACUUCAACACCUGCCUUAUCGGUGCAUAUGUAUUGUAGAGAUAGCUGUGACACUUGUUCUGUGCCAUCUGUAAUGAGCUGAAAAUGAGAUCACAGCCAUUAAAUGCAGUGCAGCGCUGAUUCACUGCUGCAGGAACUGGAUAUCUAUUUCAAAGGUUUGCAGCAGUUUACGGAUUACAGAGAAUUGUUCGACGCUUCUGCAAAUUCUGACAGAUCAUUGGCAACAUGGCAGAAAUAGAUGGAGCACUAUUAACAAACUAUUUUCAAGGCAUUAUACCAUUAGGUUUUGUUUUUUCUAAACAUAGCUUCUUCUUUCCCAGUUAGUGUUCCCAAACCUUCGUGUACCUCAGUGGGGAUAUUGGGGGUGCAUAAAAACUGGAUGAGUGGAGACAGAAUGAAAAUUAUUCUACUAUUAGACAGAGAGGAGGGGCCUUAGUCAUGGUUCAUGGUUUUAUAUCUUGAAUGUUUAAGAAAUAGGCAAAGGGGUCAGAGUCCAUGUGGCGGACCGCCUGGCACCCCCACUGGGUACCUCUGCCAAUCACGCUUCCUAGUGCUCACCGACUACCAUGAGCACUGCACUGGACACCAUAACCACUGAAGUCCCCUUAGCCGCCACAGCUUAGCUGGGGUCUCGCUGUCCCUUCCCACCCUGGAAUAAACGCCUGGAUCCAGCUCUCAGUGGGAAGACCACUCCUCCAAGAGAGUAUUGCUGUAAAGCCAAUAAAACAGCAAGUGAUAUAGCAGUGAUCUGGUUUAUUGGAGCCACACAUGACCUUUUAUGCAAAAGCCUCUGCAAGGGGUUUCCAAUACAAGAAUAGGGAAAUCCCUCCCAUGAUCCUUUGUGCCUGAGAGAUAGUUUUCUGAGAAGCAAACAUCUGUCAGGUACAAAAAACAUACAAUUUAUAAACAUCCCAAAAGUACCCCCAAAAUCCACAGAAACCCCACAAAAGUUACAUUCAUGUAUAGUCCCGAUCUGGUAACCAACAUAUCCAAAAAUCAUCCAGAUCGGUUCAGUGGUUCGGUUUUUCAAUGGAAGUCAAUUAUUUAUAUAAAACCGAACGCAGGCAAUUAUGGAAGUCCAUUGGUGUUCGGGAGUUUCAGUGUCCGCUUUCAGUUACAUGAACUCGACGACCAAACACCACUGCCUGCGUUUAUGCGAACAAGAUGGCCACCACCUUGUGGUCGUUCAUACGAAUUUCAGCCACCCAGACGAGCUAUUAGAACACUGCGGUGGAACUCGUUACAAGGUGUGUAAGGUGCUUAACAAGCACAAGGGUGGUCUCUGGUUCGUGCGGUUGUUCGGUUCCAUAACAGUAUAAUCCCAAAUCACACGAACAGAGCCUUUUAAAGUGUAUUUUGCAGGGCCCAUAGUCCUGAGGCAGGAGGCUGGCAAGCAGGCUCUUCCAGGAACCCAUGGCGAGGUUAUGUUCGCCACAGUCCAAUAGGUCAUUUCCAGACCUCUUUGUCACGUGUCUGAGUCAGGAUGGGGAAAAUUGGUAGCAAAUGGUAAUCCCACCCAGUUUUAGGCCAGAAAUAACUCCUUCAGACCAAGACCUUCAUUUUCUUCACGUAGAGGAAGAAGAUAAGUAAAAUCACUUGGGUAGAGAACCAUAAAUGUUGAAAACAUGAAGAUUUUGUUUAAUUGGAAGUCCUUUGGAAAGAACAAAAGGCUUCGGCACAAAUUUCAUGAUUGAAAAGGUUUUUCUCUAGACGAGAGAUACAUGGUUUGUUUAAUAUUGUUUGAUUUGCACACAUCAGCUGUGUUUGACAUUCUGUGUUUGUGUGUUCUGGAAAGAGCUAGCUUGGUCUUGUUUUGUACCAGUAACCAGACUGCCACUGAUAAGAAGUGGAAAAAGAGUAGAUUAAAAAAUAUAAAAACACAAAAAGUGAGGAGUUGUGAUAGAAGAUAUAUAUUUUUACGAUGAGGUAGUCCUUACAUUCCAGAAGUCAGUUAGCCUAUCUUGGUACAGAACAUCCUCUGUAGGUGGAGACCACUACAUAGUAGGUCCCUGGUGGAAAAAAAUGUCUAAGAGUUACUGAUUUAAAUAAUAAAAAAAGAAACUAGACCAUUAGUGUUUUUAAGUUUAAUUGUGUUGAAGCUGCUGACAACGUUGGGAGGAGGGUUAAAUAGCAUGUAGCCAAUGUCUCGAGUGUACAGGUCAAUGGUGACUACCUCAAGAUAUACAUUUCCAUUGAUACAUGGCCAGCUCAGCCAAUUCAGCACCAUGGGACUAUAGUGUCACUCACCAAGAUAAUACAUGGGUCAGGUUUUGAAAGUAUAUCAUUCACCAGUAUCUUCACUGAGCCAUGCAUCGCUAAGUGCAAAGUUUAGAAGCUGGUGGCCCUCCAGCUGUGGAAUGGACUCCUUGGUCAUGGAGCUAUGAAUCCAGCUGUUAACCAUUUAAUUAGAAUAUGUUUUGGACCCUCUAGUCCUGGUACAUGAGUCACAUAACUGUUAUUAUUAUGAUGUAUAUAUUCCCAAUAUAUUCCACAAGUAAUUACAAUAUUAAUAUUGGAAUAAGGCCAUAAAUAAGAGACAAACAAUUACAAACGUUAACAGAAAACAAGGUUAUUGAGGUCCCUGUUAGAAUGAAUCCUAAAGGAUCCAUUAACCCAAAGGAUUGGCAUAGGGGAGAGGUAUAAACACCUUUUGGGAAUCUAUAAUACAGAUGCUUAUAUAAUUAUUAUUAAUAUUUAUAAAGCGCCAACAAACUCCACAGCGCUGUACAAUGGUUUUUGAGAUGUAAUUCAGCUUGUCACAUCUUCUCAUAGAAUGGCAAUCCACUGAAAUAAAAUGGGAUACAGGUUCAUGAUGUGUAGCACUUUGUGUAUCAGAGGGUGCAUCACUGAAGACUUACAAAGGAGGGACACAGUCUUCUCAAUGAGAGAGUGAACACACCCAGUUUGUUCAAAUAUUAAAGGACCACUAUAGGCACCCAGACCACAUCAGCUCAAUGAAGUGGUCUGGGUGCCAGGUCCCCCUAGUUUUAACCCUGCAGCUGUAAACAUAGCAGUUUCAGAUAAACUGCUCUGUUUACAUUGAGGGUUAUUCCAGCCUCUAGUGGCUGUCUCCCUGAUUUUCCCUGGAGGGGGGCCCUGAGUGAAGGGGGGACCUAAUAACCAUAUAGUGCCAGGAAAACAAGUUUGUUUUCCUGGCACUAUAGUGCUUCUUUAACACAAUAUGCCUCAUGCAGUGCAAUAUAUCUGUAGAUUGUAAGCUCACAGGCUGUCUAACUAAUCACUUUUGUAUUGGCUUGUGUAUAUUGUACAAUUUUUGCCCCAAUUCUAAAGCACUGCUGAAUACCUUGGCGCUUUACAAAUGCCAGUAAUAAAUACAUAAUAAUAUCACUUUUAAAACAGCAAGGCACUCUAGUGCAUAUGAUUGUAUCUUUAAAUAAAUCAUAUUAGGAAGACUGCUUAGUUUCAAUAAGUAAAAAUACUUAUUAACAAAAAUAAAAAUUAGUAUAGGACACUCUUAUGCUUUUCAAAGUCAAUGAACACUUAAAUGUAGUACUCCUCCUUUUCCACCAGAUGUCACCAUUUCACUUGCCACGAAAAUCAUCCUCUGUUCAAAACCUGUUGGGAAAAUCAGACAGAUCAAUAUCGUAUGUUACUGGAGAUGGCAACACAGCACCAAGGUACAGUGUCAAUGCAGUAUUAUAUACCCCCCAUGGUUACACAUACAGAAUUAUAUACCCCCCCUGGUUACACACAUAGCAUUAUAUACACCCCCUGGUUACACACAUAGCAUUAUAUACUCCCCCUGGUUACACACAUAGCAUUAUAUACUCCCCCUGGUUACACAUACAGCAUUAUAUACACCCCCUGGUUACACAUACAGCAUUAUAUACACCCCCCUGGUUACACAUACAGCAUUAUAUACACCCCCCUGGUUACACAUACAGCAUUAUAUACUCCCCCUGGUUACACACACAGCAUUAUAUACUCCCACUGGUUACACACACAGCAUUAUACACACACCCCUGGUUACACAUACAGCAUUAUAUACACCCCCCUGGUUACACAUACAGCAUUAUAUACUCCCCCCACACACAGCAUGGUUACACACACAGCAUUAUAUACACCAGCAUUAUAUACACCCCCCUGGUUACACAUACAGCAUUAUAUAUCCCCCUGGUUACACACGCAGCAUUAUAUACACCCCCCUGGUUACACACACAGCAUUAUAUACACCCCCCUGGUUACACAUACAGCAUUAUAUACACAUAGAAACAUAGAAACAUAGAAUGUGACGGCAGAUAAGAACCAUUCGGCCCAUCUAGUCUGCCCAAUUUUCUAAAUACUUUCAUUAGUCCCUGGCCUUAUCUUAUAGUUAGGAUAGCCUUAUGCCUAUCCCACGCAUGCUUAAACUCCUUUACUGUGUUAACCUCUACCACUUCAGCUGGAAGGCUGUUCCAUGCAUCCACUACCCUCUCAGUAAAGUAAUACUUCCUGAUAUUAUUUUUAAACCUUUGUCCCUCUAAUUUAAGACUAUGUCCUCUUGUUGUGGUAGUUUUUCUUCUUUUAAAUAUAGUCUCCUCCUUUACUGUGUUGAUUCCCUUUAUAUAUUUAAAUGUUUCAUAUCCCCCCUGUCUCGUCUUUCCUCCAAGCUAUACAUGUUAAGAUCCUUUAACCUUUCCUGGUAAGUUUUAUCCCGCAAUCCAUGAACCAGUUUAGUAGCCCUUCUCUGAACCCCCUCUAAGGUAUCAAUAUCCUUCUGAAGAUACGGUCUCCAGUACUGUGUACAAUACUCCAAGUGAGGUCUCACCAGUGUUCUGUAUAAUGGCAUGAGCACUUCCUCUUUCUACUGCUAAUACCUCUCCCUAUACAACCAAGCAUUCUGCUAGCAUUUCCUGCUGCUCUAUUACAUUGUCUGUCUACCUUUAAGUCAUCAGAAAUAAUCACCCCUAAAUCCCUUUCCUCAUAUGUUGAGGUUAGGACUCUAUCAAAUAUUCUGCCCUUGGGUUUUUACGUCCAAGAUGCAUUAUCUUGCACUUAUCCACAUUAAAUGUCAGUUGCCACAAUUCUGACCAUUUUUCUAGUUUACCUAAAUCAUUUGUCAUUUGGCUUAUCCCUCCUGGAACAUCAACCCUGUUACAUAUCUUAGUAUCAUCAGCAAAAGACAUACCUUACCAUCAAGACCUUCUGCAAUAUCACUAAUAAAAAUAUUAAACAGAAUGGGUCCAAGUACAGAUCCCUGAGGUACCCCACUGGUUACACACAUAGCAUUAUAUACACCCCCUGGUUACACACAUAGCAUUAUAUACUCCCCCUGGUUACACAUACAGCAUUAUAUACUCCCCCUGGUUACACAUACAGCAUUAUAUACUCCCCCUGGUUACAUACACAGCAUUAUAUACUCCCCCUGGUUACAUACACAGCAUUAUAUACUCCCACUGGUUACACACACAGCAUUAUAUACACCCCCUGGUUACACACAUAGCAUUAUAUACUCCCCCUGGUUACACACACAGCAUUAUAUACUCCCCCUGGUUACACACAUAGCAUUAUAUACUCCCACUGGUUACACACACAGCAUUAUACACACACCCCUGGUUACACAUACAGCAUUAUAUACACCCCCCUGGUUACACAUACAGCAUUAUAUACUCCCCCUGGUUACACACACAGCAUUAUAUACUCCCCCUGGUUACACACAUAGCAUUAUAUACUCCCACUGGUUACACACACAGCAUUAUACACACACCCCUGGUUACACAUACAGCAUUAUAUACACCCCCCUGGUUACACAUACAGCAUUAUAUACUCCCCCUUGGUUACACACACAGCAUUAUAUACAUCCCCUGGUUACACACACAGCAUUAUACACACACCCCUGGUUACACAUACAGCAUUAUAUACACCCCCCUGGUUACACAUACAGCAUUAUAUACACCCCCCGGGUUACACAAACAGCAUUAUAUACACCCCCCUGGUUACACACAUAGCAUUAUAUACUUCCCCUGGAUACAUACACAGCAUUAUAUACACCCCCUGGUUACCACAUACAGAUUUAUAUACUCCCCCUGGUUACACACAUAGCAUUAUAUACCCCCCCUGGUUACACACAGCAUUCUACACACACAGCAUUAUAUACUCCCCCUGGUUACACACACAUCAUUAUAUACACCCCCUGGUUACACACAGCAUUCUACACACACCCCUGGUUACACAUACAGCAUUAUAUACUCCCCCUGGUUACACACACAUCAUUAUAUACACCCCCUGGUUACACACACAGCAUUAUAUACUCCCCCUGGUUACACACACAUCAUUAUAUACACCCCCUGGUUACACACAGCAUUCUACACACACCCCUGGUUACACAUACAGCAUUAUAUACUCCCCCUGGUUACACACACAUCAUUAUAUAGUCCCCUUGGUUACACAUACAGCAUUAUAUACUCCCCCUGGUUACACACACAGCAUUAUAUACUCCCCCUGGUUACACACACAGCAUUAUAUACUCCCCCUGGUUACACACUCAGCAUUAUAUACUCUUCCUGGUUACACACAGCGUUAUAUACUUAUAUAACCUCAUACUGUACAGGAGUACACCUAUAGCAUUAUAGGUGACCUCUGGUUACACAUACGUCAGAGUUCACUCACCUUAGUUACACAUACACAGCUAAAUAUUACCUGUUUUUAACAAGUUUUGUUUGUUAUUGAUUGUGGACAGACAUGAUAAAGAGGAAAAUGAAAACGCACCGAUCUACACACUAACUUGAAGGGCCCACCGCCAGCCACACUUACCACCCAAGUUAAUUUCUAAUAUAUUAUGCCAUACAACCCAAAUUGACUGGUUUAAAGUGUCAUAAGAGAAUGAUAUUUAUCACUUAUGCUGUUACUUAUGGGAUCCUUCUGUGUUCCUAUUGGUGCUUAGUAAAUAGGACCAUUUGCAAUGGAUUCGUUGUGGAGUCAAAAGUGAGAGAAAUGUCACAAAACCUCAUGGACAUACAUGUGUAUUAAUUCUGUAUUGCAGGCGUGCUCUCAGUGUGGAAGAUAUUGGAUCCCCAGAUAUGCCCCGGGCAGUUGGCAGAGUGUCAGAGGUUUACCCUGAUGGUACCCGUCUUUUAGAACUGCAGCGCCCCCCACAGGGUAGUUUUGGGUUCACAAUCUCAUCUGGCAAUGGCAGACCAGACUCAGGUGAGUAAAAGCACACUAGCAGAUACUUCUUAAAUGAAUAAAAACAUUGGACAGUAUUCACAAAUAUCACUGUGAAACAUAUUCACACGUUUAACUGACAGCCAGAAAUAUAAAUUUUCAUCAUGCCGGCGGUAAAAAUUAUUAUUUUUGGAUUAAAAUGUGAAAUUCACUUUAAAUGUUUUAAGAUUUCACACAUUAUGCCAAUACACCUUUAGAAUUACUGUUACAUUAUUCUGAAACUUGGUAUAUACACUGCUCAAAAAAAUAAAGGGAACACUUAAAACAACACAAUAUAUCUCCAAGUCAAUCACACUUCUGUGAAAUCAAACUGUCCACUUAGGAAGCAACACUGAGUGACAAUCAAUUCCACAUGCUGUUGUGCAAAUGGGAUAGACAACAGGUGGAAAUUAUAGGCAAUUAGCAAGACACCCCCAAUAAAUGAGUGGUUCUGCAGGUGGUGACCACAGACCACUUCUCAGUUCCUAUGCUUCCUGGCUGAUGUUUUGGUCACUUUUGAAUGCUGGCGGUACUUUCACUCUAGUGGUAGCAAGAGACAGAGUCUACAACCCACACAAGUGGCUCAGGUAGUGCAGCUCAUCCAGGAUGGCAAAUCAAUGCGAGCUGUGGCAAGAAGGUUUGCUGUGUCUGUCAGCGUAGUGUCCAGAGCAUGGAGGCGGUACCAGGAGACAGGCCAGUACAUCAGGAGACGUGGAGGAGGCCGUAAGAGGGCAACAACCCAGCAUCAGGACUGUUACCUCCGCCUUUGUGCAAGGAGGAACAGGAGGAGCACUGCCAGAGCCCUGCAAAAUGACGUCCAGCAGGCCACAAAUGUGCAUGUGUCUGCUCAAACGGUCAGAAACAGACUCCAUGAGGGUGGUAUGAGGGCCAGACGUCCACAGGUGGGGGUUGUGCUUACAGCCCAACACCGUGCAGGACGUUUGGCAUUUGCCAGAGAACACCAGGAUUGGCAAAUUCACCACUGGCACCCUGUGCUCUUCACAGAUGAAAGCAGGUUCACACUGAGCACAUGUGACAGAGUCUGGUGACGCCGUGGAGAACAUUCUGCUGCCUGCAAGAUUAUCCAGCAUGACCGGUUUGGCAGUGGGUCAGUAAUGGUGUGGGGUGGCAUUUCUUUGGGGGGCCGCACAGCCCUCCAUGUGCUUGCCAGAGGUAGCCUGACUGCCAUUAGGUACAGAUAUGAGAUCCUCAGCCCCCUUGUGAGACCAUAUGCUGGUGCGGUUGGCCCUGGGUUCCUCCUAAUGCAAGACAAUGCUAGACCUCAUGUGGCUGGAGUGUGUCAGCAGUUCCUGCAAUACAAAGGCAUUGAUGCUAUGGACUGGCCCGUUCCCCAGACCUGAAUCCAAUUGAGCACAUCUGGGACAUCGUGUCUCGCUCGCUUUUGACUUGUUUUAAGGACAUUACAUCAAAGUUGGAUCAGCUUGUAGUGUAUUUUUCCACUUUAAUUUUGAGUGUGACUCAAAUCCAGACCUCCAUGGGUUGAAAAAUUUGAUUUCCAUUUUUUAAUUUCUGUGAGAUUUUGUUUUCAGAACAUUCAACUAUGUAAAGAACAAAUUAUUUAUUUUAGAAGAAUAUUUAAUUAAUUCAGAUCUAGGAUGUUAUUUUUGUGUUCCCUUUAUUUUUUUGAGCAGUGUAUUUGUGCACUGAAGAAAUGCUCAUUUAUGAUGCUCCAUAUUGUAGGUUGCAAUGUUAAAAUGCAUCAAUUUCUUUCCAUAACACAUGCCACUCAAUUCUUCACAAAGAAGUAGGUUAGGUCUCAUUCACCAGUCUAGUGCUUCCUAAGUUUCAAAACAAAAUCAUUUUAACAUUAUUUACAGAGCAAACACAUUAUUUAUUGAAUGAACGAUUACUCUGAGAAAAAGCAUUUGGACAUCAAAAGAUGGUUUACUUAGGUUUUGAUAUGACUAAUAUAUUAUUUAUGGCCUUUCACAAUUAUUUUAUAAUCCUUAUGAAGCUUAUGACAAGUCCCAAUAUUCAAUAUUAGAAGUGGCUGUGAUAAAUCUAAAUAGUUCAAUUAGGUAAUAGCUGAAUAACUGGAAAAAGGAUCAUAACAGAUGGAUAUUAACCUAGAUUUUGUAUAACAAUAUUACCUGAUGCUAAGCCAUUUUUAAGCUGUAUCUCUCUGGUUCAUAGGUAUUUAUGUUCAGGAGAUGAUUGAUGCCAACACAGCCAAACUGUACUCGGGUCUACUGCGAGUGGGAGAUGAGAUCUUGGAGUUAAACAGUACAAAAGUUUCAACUCUUGGACAUGCCCGACUGAAUGAGAUCAUGGGCCGCGAGCCCAUCUUGUCUCUUCGUGUCCUGCACCAGAGACGGACCAAGUGCUGAAUAAUCUAAAAUUCUAAAACCUUCUACUGUAAAGAUCUUGCAAACAGUCUAGAUUCUAAGUGGCGUGGCUCUCAGCAUUUUUAUACAGAGGGUAAAAUAUUUAUUCGUUUUUCUUCAUCCAGGACAAUAUUUUUAUCUGUUGACAUUUUUAAGUGUUUUUAAAGACUUGUUCCUCAUGUAUUUCAGACUUCAGUUCUAUGUGUAUCGUGUUUUUAAAGCGUCUGUUUACCAAACAAUUUUGCACUGUCUUCUGCCACCAGAUUUUAUUUGUCCAAUAAGACAGGUGUGAAACACAGAAGAAAGCUUGUUCCAUUGUCUGUUUACACGUGAAAUGUGCUUCCAUGUAAACAAUGGUCAUUAAACGUAUCAGUAUUAACCUGGUAGGGCCCAUGAAGGAAUGGACCUUUAAUUCUCUGUAAUGGUUUGUAGCGCAGAUCACACAUCCACUUAGCCUUGUGUAUUUAUGAGUCCGUUGUUGGCUCCUCACUGCCAAUAUUUUAUUAUAAUAUAUUAAAUAUUUCUCUUAAUAAUUGUUUGUUAGCCUGUGUCCUUUUGUGGUUGUAGUCAUGCCCGAUACAGAUGUGUAGAAUUUUUCUUUUUAACAAAUUGGGAGCAUGGUUUGUGUUCAGCUUCACCCAUCAUAUGACAUACAAGGCAAC